GGUGAUGUCAAGAAAGUCAUAGAUCUCUAUAAUCAGGGAAAAGAAGCCAUAGAGUACAACAACCUAGAUCUUAAAAUAGCUAAAGAAGUAGGAGACAAGCAUGGGGAGGGUAACGCUUAUGGCAAUCUUGGCAAUGCUUAUCACCGUCUGGGUGAUUUCAAAAAAGCCAUAGAGUACCACAACCUACAUCUUAAAAUAGCUAAAGAAGUAGGAGACAAACAUGGGGAGGGUGGUGCUUAUGGCAAUCUUGGCAAUGCUUAUGACCGUCUGGGUGAUUUCAAAAAAGCCAUAGAGUACCACAACCUACAUCUUAAAAUAGCUAAAGAAGUAGGAGACAAGCAUGGGGAGGGUGGUGCUUAUGGCAAUCUUGGCAAUGCUUAUCGCCGUCUGGGUGAUUUCAAAAAAGCCAUAGAGUACCACAACCUACAUCUUAAAAUAGCUAAAGAAGUAGGAGACAAGCAUGGGGAGGGUAACGCUUAUGGCAAUCUUGGCAAUGCUUAUCACAGUCUGGGUGAUUUCAAAAAAGCCAUAGAGUACCACAACCUACAUCUUAAAAUAGCUAAAGAAGUAGGAGACAAGCAUGGGGAGGGUGGUGCUUAUGGCAAUCUUGGCAAUGCUUAUCUUAGUCUGGGUGAUUUAAAAAAAGCCAUAGAGUACCACAACCUACAUCUUAAAAUAGCUAAAGAAGUAGGAGACAAGCAUGGGGAGGGUAACGCUUAUGGCAAUCUUGGCAAUGCUUAUCACCGUCUGGGUGAUUUCAAAAAAGCCAUAGAGUACCACAACCUACAUCUUAAAAUAGCUAAAGAAGUAGGAGACAAGCAUGGGGAGGGUAACGCUUAUGGCAAUCUUGGCAAUGCUUAUGUUAGUCUGGGUGAUUUCAAAAAAGCCAUAGAGUACCACAACCUAGAUCUUAAAAUAGCUAAAGAAGUAGGAGACAAGCAUGGGGAGGGUGGUGCUUAUGGCAAUCUUGGCAAUGCUUAUCUUAGUCUGGGUGAUUUCAAAAAAGCCAUAGAGUACCACAACCUAGAUCUUAAAAUAGCUAAAGAAGUAGGAGACAAGCAUGGGGAGGGUAACGCUUAUGGCAAUCUUGGCAAUGCUUAUGACCGUCUGGGUGAUUUAAAAAAAGCCAUAGAGUACCACAACCUAGAUCUUAAAAUAGCUAAAGAAGUAGGAGACAAGCAUGGGGAGUGUGGUGCUUAUUGCAAUCUUGGCAAUGCUUAUCACCGUCUGGGUGAUUUCAAAAAAGCCAUAGAGUACCACAACCUACAUCUUAUAAUAGCUAAAGAAGUGGGAGACAAAUCCUCGGAGGCAAUGGCCUACUGUUCACUAGGAUUGGUUUUUGAGUUACAAGAUAGACUGCCAAAAGCCGUUGAACAUUACCAAGCUAGCAUAAACUUAUUCAAUUCCUUGAGAGUACUUCUAAUAUCUAAAGAUGAGUGGAAAGUUAAUUUUCGAAAUCAGCAUCAAGUUGCGUAUACGGGUUUGUGGAGAGUUCUCGUAGAACAAGGUAAUGUAGAUGAAGCCUUAUUUGUUGCUGAGAAAGGACGAGCUCAAGCUCUGACCGACCUCAUGGAAUCCAGUUUUUGUGGUGGAACAAGUCACCACAAGGGAGAAGAUGAAGAUUGCGCAGUUUUAAAAAACGUUCCAUCGAACACUGUCUUUCAGGCAGUGGACAAAGCUAACGUCAAUCUUUGGGUUGUGUCCGAAGGAAAACAAGUUCAGUUAAGACAAAGUAAACUCAAAGGUUUUGUUUCAGAGAAUAGUGGAUCUAGCCUGUCCUUUGAGGCGUUCAUGCUCGGUGUCUAUACACAACUUGGUGUUCGUUCUAAUGUGAGAUGCGAGAAUCGAUCUUUAGAUGCUUUGAGGGAGGGCCGUUCGAAAGUGGAUGAGAAAACCAAAGAAGCCAAGCCUCAACCUCACAUCCAACAAGACGGAUGCUUGAGCACUUUGUAUGAUAUCGUUAUGAAGCCGGUGGCUGACUUGAUUGAAGGGAUGAGCUACUCAUUAUUCCUGAUGGACCCCUGUGGAUCGCUCCUUACGCUGCAUUGAAGGAUGGUAAUUCUAAAUACCUGUGUGAAUCGUUCACAAUCCGAGUCGCUCCAUCGUUAGCAAGUCUUAGACUCAUUGCCGAUUGCCCAGAUGAUUAUCACAAAAGCAGUGGUGCGUUACUUGUAGGAGAUCCGUGGGUAUCCGAGGUUACUAACAGCGAGGGAAAGAAAGUCUUCGAGCAGCUUGAGUAUGCUAAAAAGAAGUAGAAAUGAUCGGAAACAUUCUGAAUAUCACGCCGAUCACUGGAAGUCAGGCCACGAAACGUGAGGUGUUGAAGAGACUCAGUUCCGUUUCCCCUAGUUCACUUUGCGGCACACGGAUGUAUGGAAACUGGCGAAAUUGCUCUUACACCUGACCCAGACCGAAUAUCUACUGUGCCAACGGACGAGGAUUACAUUUUAACAAUUGGAGAUGUGUUGAAUGCUCAACUUCGGGCCAAACUUGUUGUGCUUAGUUGCUGCCACAGCGGCCGGGGCGAGAUCAAGGCUGAAGGUGUGGUUGGCAUUGCGCGCGCUUUUAUGGGGGCUGGUGCUCGGUCUAUUGUGGUCUCCCUGUGGGCGAUUGAUGACGAGGCUACUCUUGAGUUCAUGAAACACUUUUAUCAACAACUUGCAGGAGGUAAACCAGCAAGCGAGUCACUGAACCUGGCCAUGAAAAGCCUCAGAGAAUCAGACAAGUUCUGCGACAUCAAACACUGGGCGCCCUUUUUGCUGAUUGGAGAUGACGUCACUCUUGACUUCAUGGCAAAGGAAAGAGGAAAUUUGAAUAUGAAAUCACAUAAAUGAAAACUUUUAGUUCAUCUCAAAAUGAAUGACGCAGGAACUUGGAAGGUUUAAAUGCUUCUCUAUUUUGGCGCUUUUUGGCUAUUUUUCAUUACUUUUCACUUUUUUUUUGUUAAAUGGAACUUGAGAUGUGUGACUUUACUUUGGUGAAGAAAUAAAACAGACUAUUUCAGAAUAUUUUGUUCAGUGGAAUUGCUAUUUUUUUACCUUUACAAAUUUAGGUGCUUGCGAAGAGAACAAGAUGCAACAAGGCUUCUGCUGUUAAUGCCUGAAGUUGUUGAAGGCGACUACGAGGUUUUCGUUUCGCCAAAAUGACACUCGGAUCUGUUCCUUUAUUGCAAUCAGUUAUGUGUAAAAUAAUUAAAAGGUUUUUUUCUUGUACACAACCAAGAGCUUGUCCACCGGGUUUUAAUUACGUAGAUACUCUAAGCUUUUGAUAAGCAAAGAAACAGCUUGUAAUUUGCAAAAGGUGGCGAAAUUUUAAUUUCAAAAUGUGAUUUGCAAAAUUCUCAGGCAUAUGUGAAUUGAUCUUAAUGGUUUUUCUACGUCAUAAAUUACUUUGUUGCAAUUUGCAAUUAUCUUUACAAAAAAGUUGAUUAUCAUUUUCAACUUUUUUUCAAUCUAAUUCCAUCAGUGCCAAGAUUGCCAUUCUAAGCUUAAUUUGAAGAAGUAAUCACCAGAGAUGAUGUUGUUGAAUUUACUAACCAUAUGUUAGAGACAUUAGACCUACUCUCAGGGGUGUGGCCAGCCUCUAGUCCCGUGAGCCCGGCCUACAAUUGUUUUCCGCCCGCUUGACUUUUCUAAUAUGACUCUUACAAAUGUUGAAACAAAAAUUGAAAUUUCUCAGGAAAAAGGCCUACAACAAGUCAAAGAGCUGGCUACAACGGCCUGCUUUCAAUCAAACGAGUUUGAUCAGUUUUAGUCCGUUUUAUCAAACACUCAUCAGUUUGCUUUAGAGAACGACGACAGAGACAAAUUGUCGAUGUAAUCUAAGCAAGGAAAUAGCGAAGCAGAGUUUACUUUAACUGAAGUUUCCAUUGCUGUGACUUUUAAUGUAGGUGACAUGGAAUUUGUUGUUUUCAUUAGGAAAAUAUUUACGCCAAUAAAUUAGGGAAACACUUGAAGUAAGCCAUGUAGUCCUCAAUGGGAAUUAUUUUGGUGAAAAUGUUCAUGAAUAAAUGUAAAUCUAGGCCGUAGUUAAAAAGGUUCAGGGAUUCAGGAUAAAACUUGCAUUUUUGAAAAUUUCCUGUUCAAAUUUUUUUUUUCAUGGCUUUAAAUUUACCUUAGUAUAAUUUGGAGAUGUCUGAUGAUAUCUUUCUUAGAUUUAAGAAUUUAUACUUAGGUAUUCAGAGCACGCUGUGUAAUUAGAACCCGUUAUGUGGUCAAAAGUUUAAGGUAUACUGUAUCACAGCUGUUUUAAAAGAAAGUUUUGUAAAAUCAAUGUUAAUUUUUGACAGAUUUUCAUAACUACCAUUGGUAUAUGCUGCCAGUAUAAAAUGUAAUAGUUAACCUUGCACAUGGUUGAAUAUGAUGUAACGUAGGAUUUUAAAAACAAGCUGGGACAAUUUCCACUAAACAUUCUUUUUAUAAUGUCAGUGUAUUUGGUGUGAAUUGUUUUGAUGCUAUUUGUAUUUAAAGUUGAAGCUAUUUGUUCAUUUACCUAAGUUUUUAUUCAUUGACUCAUUAACUCCCAAGUUGUGAAGAAAAAUUCUCCCAACUGAUAAGAAUGUGUUUCUUUGUUGCUUCAUUCUGAGAAUUCGAUGAAACAUAACGUUUCUAGUGAAAAAUAAUCCGCUAGUUUAGAUUUUCUCUAAUUCUUAUUGACACCAUGUUUGUCGGUGCAUUAAUUUUGGGAGGAGAAUUUAAGUUAUGAUCAAUCUUGGGAAUAAAUGGGUUCAUUUUAGUGUCUCUGUUUAGCGCGUACUUUACUUAAUGCCUUGAACAAUUUAAUGCAGUUUGUAUUGUACUUUUUUUACUUUUUGUGUAAGAGAACUAGAGAGUGUAUAAAAUACAAAAACUGCCUUUGUUUUCAUAUUCUGUCUCCAUAUUCUAAGGAUUCGCGUGAGAUGCAGGGAGAACAGAUCCUACGGGGACUUCAAUGCUUGUUUUGACCCGCGCGCGCUAAGUUGAUAAUCUUUGCAGCUGACAGUGUACCGACAUUCCAUGUUUCAAGCCCCCCACCCACUCAACAAACGCUCGUCGACUCUUCGAUUGUGUCUCUUUCACUGUCUAUCGUUCUCCAUAUUGUCACACGAUUUUGAAUGCCGAAGGACGUGUUCAUACUGUUACCUGUGUGCGCCCUUUUUACCUUUUUACACCUUUUCACAUUUGUGCAUCUCUUUUUUCUCCUUCUUUUUGUUCCUUCCCUUUUUUUCAUCGUACUUUUCCUUUAUUCCCAUUUUUACGCGCACUUCUUUCAUCGCCCUCAACUUUAUUCUUCUACGCGCUUCAUUAGACGCGACUAUCUCCUUGUCUGUUUCAGUUUUCAUUCGUCUCAAUCCUCGCGCAACGUCAGGUCCCUUACAACUCAUAUACCUCCUUACUUCCCCAGAGUAGUUGUUAUUAUGCUUAUUUUGUUCACUUUAGGAUGGUGUCCUCUUUGCAUCAUGUCUAGUAAAAUCUUAGUUUUCCUUUCGACUCAUUCCCAGUCCACAGGGGGUCUCAAUUUUAAGUCUCACUUGCCAGUGUUUGCUCUCCUCGGUCCUCUCAUCACAGUAGCAGCUAUAAAACGAAAGAGCUCCCUCCAAGUCUCUGCGACAUAAUCGAUGCAUUUUGUUGGAAAAGAGUCCUUCAAUGUCCAAAUUAAGGCUUCUUCUAUCAUCUGAUUGGGAAUGGAUCAUACUCUCGCCCAGGGUCCACCUACAUCGCGAGUCCAAGAUGGCAGCAGGCCAAUCCUCAGACUUCUCCGAGUCGGUAGCCGUCAUCUUGGAUGUAGACGCAGAGAGGACCUUGAAAAAGUGUUUUGACAAGACAAUAAUCAAGAAAGGUUAAGUUAUUGUAAUGCUUCCUAAGAGGUAGUCGAUAACAGCCCGAGAGAUUCAUUAGGAGCAAACACGUUCCGUCGAUUAUUAGACUCCAUGUCUCCUUACGUUGUAGAACAAACUCCUCGAAUACGUACGCCUAUAUGCCCCUCUUCUCCUCCCUAAAUAGCACUAUAUAUCCCUUUAUUGCAACUUUUAAAAUUAUACAGCACAAUACAACAUUAUACCCCGGAGUAGCACUGUAAAUCCGUAAAAUGAAGUAACUGUGCAGCGCCUCACAACAAUAUGAACCCCUAAAUAGUACUAUGCUUCCCUCUACUGAAUUUUUUUCAGCAUACAGCGCUCUAUAAACUAUUGCUCCAAUUUGGCACGAAAAUAAUUGUGGAUAUUUGUCCGCGAACAUUAUCUAUUCCAAGAUGCCAAGGACAAAUAUCCGAACAUAUUUUCGUGCAAAAUAGAGGCUAUUGUGAUUUUUAUCCUUGAAUUAUUUUGCAACGCUCGUGAAAGAAUCUUUAUGAACAGCUCACUGAAUUGAAUUAAAUUUGAAACGAAGACUUAUCGAGGUAGAAGUCAGGUUUGCGAAUUGGGGAAUAUCGCUUGCGUGAUAUUCUCGGAUAUCACCCAGUAUUAGCUGGGGGAUAUUUAGUCACUUACUGCGUUUACACCAAUUGCGCGCGAGCAAAGAUAUUUGAUGGAUCAUAAAAAGCAACAAGUACCCCUAGAUAGCACUAUACUUCCCUCUUCCACAAUUUACAUCACAAUACAGCGCUAUAAAACAACAUGUACCCUUAAAUAGUACUAUACUUCUCUCUUCUGCAGUUUACAUCACUAUAAAGCGCUAUACAACAAUAUCUACCCCUGGAUAGCAUUACACUUCUCGCUACUGCAGUUUACAUCACUAUACAGCGCUAUACAACAAUAUGUACCCCUAGAUACCACUAUACUUCACUCUUCUGCACUCUACAUCACGAUACAGCGCUAUACAACAAUAUCAACCCAUAGAUAGCAUUAUACUCCUCGCUACUGCAGUUUACAUAACUAAACAGCUCUAUAGAACGAUAUUUACCCCUAAGUAACCUUGAUCGGCAUAACAGAAUACAUACAUCGAAAUUUUCCAUGCUUUGUGUCUUUCUCCAAGGUUCAUUAAAUACUCGAUGAAAACCUUUGCGUCGAUCAAAGAAAACGCAGCAUUUUCCAGCGCAGUCGUGACUCGUUUGACUUGAAGACACAGAGGUGGCGAGGUGAUUAAGACUUUAAAUUUCAAACUCUUAAAGGCGUGAAAUAUUUCUGAAACAAAAUCAUUCACGAACAUCACUAUUAAUUCUGAAUAAUGUAAAUUCGAUUCACGUUUACUUUAGAUAAUAAAUUUUACUCCCCUUUUGCCAAUCAUACAAAGAAAUCAAUACACUAAGCAAUGCCUUCAACAAGACACAGUUACACAGUUGUAAAUCUCCAUCCUCAUCCUCAGUAGAACUAUGCUAUCACAAAGGGGGAAUAAUCGCGGAAGAAUAACCGCGCUUAAGACCUUCCUAUCUACCUACUUUCACAUUUAACGUGACGUUCAGCUAAGAUCAGGAAACUGUUUCUUUUGUUCUUCAUCACAAACGAUUCCAAUCCUAAUAGUGGUAUCAUAUUUGCAUAAGAAAGCUAAUAUCAACUCGAGACUCUGCAUUAAUUUUUUUUUGAUGAAAUGAAACACAACAAACCAAAGAUACCACGUACUUAAAACACUAACCGUUUAAACAUUUUCUUCCACAUGACGCUCUUAACGGGCUCAACGAGCUGCCAAAAUUCUCUUCAAAUCCGUUUUCGUUCGUGUGAUAGCUUGACUUCUAUUUCGAUUUGACAGUUCAGUUCGACAGUUUGACUGUUAAACCUUAAAUGAAGAUUUGUAGACACCAGCUGAAUAGAUUUAUGAAUUUGCUUAACGGCGAAUGAACGCAUUGAAAUCAAAAUUGAUUUUCUUUAAGCUCAGCUCACUGAACUACAAGUCUGCUGUCAGAUGAUUAACGUGGACGCUGUUUAAGGCCCUUAAAUUUCUCAUUUCUCAAUGCGUCAGCAAUUGAAAUUAUUUUCAUGAAACUGGGACGCAUUUUGUGACACAAAUCUUGGCAAUAACUGGUGUCAGCCGCAAAGGUACAACGGACGAUUACUGGUCAUUCUGAUUUUUCGGUCAUUGCUAACGUAGUGCUUGUGGUCAUAAGCAUGAUCCUAAGCAGACCCUUGCAAAAGUUUCACCAUAACUGCAGAGACCUGGAGAUUUUCUCUUGAUCUUAUCUUAAGAGAUUUAUUUCAAAUACAAAUGGACAAGUCGCCUUUGGUGAAAUGAAAUAUUCAAACAAAAAUGUUUAUACAAUUCAGCUGUGUAGCCAACCUUGUUGAACUGAUUCAAGAAAAACACGAGUGGCCAAGUGUUAACUGAAAUGGUUCAGUGUCGAAAUGAGAAACGGUUCAGCUAACUGUACUUUGGUGACUUGACACAAACGGUUCAGAGUAGUGUGAAAUGGCUUAAGUUAUCGGCAAAUGGUUAAUCGUAAGCCGCAAUGGUUUAGUAUCGAAUCAAUCUCCUCACUGUAAAGUGAAAUGGUUUAGCGUGACCUCAAAUGCUUUAGCGUGACGACAAAUGGUUUAGUACAAACCGAAAUGGUUUAGCGUUACAACAGUUGGUUUACGCCGUAACCGCCAAAAAUACAAAAGGGAAAUAGGUAAGUCAAGCUUGAAAUGAAACAGUCUAUGUGGGCCUGACGUCACAACCUACGUCAUUCAGAUCCAAUUUGGCGCGAAAUUCGCCAGAACGAGGUAUUCGCCACGCCCUCCACUCGACGUUCACCACGUUCACGUUCCACGUUCACGUUCACGUUAUUUCUGUAGCCUCGUCGUCCUUGUCCAUUGGACUCAAAGAGCCUCACUCCGGUAAUAACCUUUUUCACAUUUGCCUAUUUUAGCUGGUUAGCGAAUAAAUUUAUACCCUCAUCAUCUUGCCGCAAUAUCAGUAAGUAAAUGAUAUUUCGGAACAAAAGGAAUAACAAAAAUGCAUCAUUUUACGCGGCAGCACAUUUACCGUCUAGACAGUAGGAACCAUAGCUAGGAAACGUGAUAAAGAGAUUCAUUGUUUCAAAACAACGAAACUACAACUAAAGGGCGCCUAAAAACUAUAUAGUUUUUAUAGUUUUGAGGCGCCCUUGAGAUUCUUAUCCUAUUCAUUUUCAAGCUUGACUUUUCCAUUUCACUUUUGUAUUUUUGGCGGUUACGGCGUAAACCAACUGCACCAACCGCUGUAACACGAAACCAUUUCGGUUUGUACGAAACCAUUUGUCGUCACGCUAAACCAUUUGGGGUCACGCUAAACCAUUUGGGGUCACGCUAAACCAUUUCACUUUACGGUGAGUAGAUUGAUGCGAUACUAAACCAUUGCGGCUACGAUUAACCAUUUGCCGAUAACCUAGGCCAUUUCACACCACUCUGAACCGUUUUUGUCAAGUUGCUGAACCAAAGUACAGUUAGCUGAACCGUUUGUCAUUUCGACACUGAACCAUUUCAGUUAACACUUGGCCACUCAUGUUUUUAUUGAAUCAGUUCAACAAGGUUGGCUACACAGCUCCUCAAUUGUAUAAACCAUUUUUUGUUUGAAUAUUUCAUUUCACCAGAUGCGACUUGUCCAUUUGUAUUUUAAAUAAAUCUCCUAGGAUAAGAUAAAUCGUUCUCCAAAUGACAAUUAGACUCUAUCUGUUAUUACAAACCACUUUUAUUUUUGUAUUUUUGGCGGUGACAGCCGCCCAUAUGUGGGCUCUUCUUUCAAUUUCAGUUGGAGAAUUUCCAGGCUUCAAGUUUGCACAGAUUUAUGGCCCAAGGAACUCCCUGUUUCAUUUUCACAACGCGCAAUUGCGAUUCUCCGUUCCAUGACAUAGCUUUCGAGUCUUUCUUAGUACUUUCUCUGUCUUAGAGACUUUGAAACGUUUUCAUGACGGACUGAGGAAGCAAGGUCGUAAAAUAGUCAAACGUGCCUUCCAUUUCCGCGACAGAGGUAAGAACGCAUGGUUGUAUCAGAUUUUUGAGUGUAAGGUAAAUACUUUUAUUUUAAAUUUUGUUAAGGAUAUCGAACAAAGAACAGCCUUUUUGUUGAUUAGAUCAAUUGUCAAUUACUUUAAUUUGCGUGCCUAGUUACGAUCUUAGUUACAAUGUUUAUCUUUUUCCCUAUUGGUUUGAAAUCGGAUAUUUUAGCGUCACCACGCGCAUAUAAAAGCUAAAUUAGCGUCCCUAUAAGCCAGAGUUUCGUAAGAUUUCACCUUGAACAGCAGCAACUUCGUUCCUUCGUUCCAAACCUUUGGCACAAGCGGGACCGAUAUGUAAGUGAUUUUGUUAGUUUUAUUUCAAUAUGUUUAAGUUUAGUUUUUCACCUUGGGCGAUAGCGCACAUAUGUACUGUGUUGUACAACAGUACAACUAAUUAUCUUGAAAUCGAAGGAAUAUUUUGAAAUAACUAGACGCUCACACAGUAACGCCCACAUUUUAGUCUUUGGGCUGUUAAUCAGCCGCAAAUGGUCAUUGUGUAGCUGAUCUUUGAUUCUCGAGUAGUUUUAAUUUAGCCUUUUAUGAUUUGUUUAUGUUAAUUCACGUUGAUUGUUGUUAUUUUAAUCGCGUUAUCGACAUAGGCACGUAAAGCGUUUCAUUCAUGCUUUCGUUAUAAUGUUGUUGCAAUUUCAGUUUACGAUCGUGAUCGUGACCGUGAUCUAAAUAAACACCGUUGAUAGUCAUCUUGGUUUUCGUGGUUUCAUUACGACCGGUAAAAUAGUUCCCACAUCAGCGACAAUUAGAAAACACGCAUAGCGACACCCCUCGAAGUUCCUCUUUCGUCGCAAGCGUCACAAAUUUUUUAGUUGAGAUUUCCUCCUUCAAAUGUUCCCCAUCUUUCCGAACUUUCUCUGAUUUCCGACAAUGAAAGACGUUCCUGCAGUUAAGUGACGACGAUUGCCAACUUUUACUUUAUUCUGGCGUGUAUUAAUUGUAUUGCCGCUUCGUGUUAGUUACAAACUUAUUAAGCUGAGCUUGUUUGAACAAGUUACAGCUGUCGAAUUCACAAAAAUUCGCAAGCAAUGCCUGGCAUUUACCUUGGACAAAAUAAGUAAUUCGGGAGAGUUACAAAGGAUAUCCAAAUUAUCGAUUUGAUUAAGUGCAAGCUCUUUUGAUCGCAACACUUUCAGUUUCGUUUGCGUGUCGUUACCUCGUUUUGUCAUUUGCUUCAAAACGAGGUAAGAACAAAGCAUCCACAUCCUUCAGCCCGAUGAUGACGGAGAGUACAAAAAUCUUUGUGUACAAGAUGAUUGAGGUUAGCAAAUAUAGUGAUAUGCCUAUACGGCCAAAGCCAUAAGGUUAUGCGGUAAUUUAAAAAUACAACAACCCGGCGAAACUUGAGAAAACCCAAAAGAUGGCUACAAUGAGAUAUGUGCGCUUCAAAGUUACAGUAUGUCUGUAUCUCAGCCCCAACAACAGGGCUAGAAGCCUGUCCACGCUUAUGGCCGUCAUCGCUGACAAAGACACUCCGCAUAAUGUAUAGCUUAUUAUGUAGGCUGCGUCCCUUGCGUAUCGACAGAGACUCCAGUGUUCGUGAACCAAGGACAUGUAGUAAGUAACCAUGAUAGACUGGCUAAAAAUGCCAACCAUCAGGUCAGUUGUUGCCAGACUACGAUACAAGAGUUUGUGAAGGGCAAAAAAGAUAAGAGAAUUCCCAAGACUGGUUAUGAAGGAGAGAAGAACGUAAACUGCUGAGUAGUAGAUGGAUUGUGGUUGAAAUCUAUUUACCAAAGAAGGGGUGCUCCAUCUUCGGUUAGAUUUGUGUCCGCUAUCAUUCUGCAGUCGUUUAGUUUUUUCCUUCCGAAUACGUAUGAUCGCAAAAGGAAAUAUUUCGUCUUGAGAGCACCUGCCCAGCGUUGAUCACUUAACCUUUACUUUUUUCAGAAUAAUCAUAUGAAAACUUUUUCAGUCGCGUUUACUCGUUUGAAAUGCUCGGAAAUACUGUCAAUUGUGUACAAAAAAAAUGGUGAACCAUUUUUCUUAAAGCCUUUCUUUUGCCUCAGCUAUGAUUUAUCAAAACGAGGUGAGAACAAAACAUCUGCGAAUGUUAAUAUUUUAUGGCGCGAUAGAUAAUCCUUCGUCGCUCAGACGAACAAUCAUUUUAUUCAGGUAGAGCGCAUUUAUUGAAAACGAGAGACAAUGCUUUGUCAAAAAAAAUUAUUCAUCAUUUAAUUUCGUUACUCAAUAAUAAAUUUCUUCGCUUUUUCUUCAGGUUACUUGUAACUGCAUGUAACGAGAGAUAUUUUUGUCUUGAAAGCGCCUGCCAGGCUGCAAUCACGUAGACCUUUUCAUUGAAACUUUCUCAGUAAUGCGGUUCACUUAUUUAACGUGCGAAUACUCAAUGCUUCUUCUGUCACAUGAGCUGUUAAUUUCUUCCCAGGAGUCGCAUUAAAUAUAGCUUUUUGUAAAUUUCUUUGUAACGGGUAAUUCUGUCAUGUUAUUCCAUCAAUAAACUCUAAAAGUUCCCUCCAAAUUUAAGAAAGGUUUUUUUUAUAGCAAACUUCCCUGCAAAUUAUCUUUGUUAAUUAAGAGAGGCUGGAUGUUUGUCGCCUAACUGUGUUGCGCGGUAAGUUUAAUCUUUGAAUAACUUUGCGCUAAGAGGUAAAAAUAAAAAUAAAUAAUUUAUUUUUUUUAUCACUCACAGUAUAAGGCAAAAACUGUCCCUACUAAGGAAGAGUGACGUUGAUAGGAUAAAUGAGUAAGUGUUGAUAGAAAGUCUGAAGAACAAGCCGAGGAAGACCUGACUCAACCAUGUGUUUCUUUAAUUGUCUGCUUCACUUUUUGUCUCACUUCACUAAUCUUCCAGAAUUAGCAGUUUAUUUAGAUAUACUGUCAUUCUUUUGGGACGAUGAUUAGGUGGUAAAAAACGUUUUCUGCAGCGUGGUUAAUUAUCAAUUCCAAAAGAGGUUUAUCAAACAACUUUAAAGAUAUAAAGAAGCGAAAAUCAGGAAUAAUAAAUCGCUCAGAAGUGGAAGAAAUGGAUUCAAUAAAACUUGAAUAUAUUAAAUAUUUCGAACGUCGACAAUAUUUUUCAUGCAAUAUUGUCCCCCCACCCCCCUUCCCCUUAAUUUAGGAUUAAAAAGAGUGACCGAUCGGGAGGAAAACUCUGUAACAACCAUUUAUAGUCAGUUUCAUUUCGCACCCUUUUGUGAUUGCGUUACGCACAGGAAGCCCAUGAGCGUGAGAAUGCUUAUCUUAGCCUUCCCCUUCCUUGCUCGGCAUCGUUUGAAAUUGCUUCGUUUGCUAAAAUGCCGACAUGUCGCUACUCCGAGCUCGUUGGUGGUUCUUGUAGUUCCCGCAAGACCAGUGGAGAAAGUAAAUGCAUAGUCCUUCCUAAGUGCAAAAGAGACAUCCAAGGUCAUCUUAAAACAUAUAAAUGCCAUGAUGCUCAGCUGAAAAGUGAGUUCAUUCUUCUUCUCGCCAGAGCAGGUAAAUAUCUCAUUAUCAAAGAUGUCAAGAAUGUUUAGCAAAGGCAAAUACUGUAUCCCUCUUUGUCCUGCUUUUAUAUUUUGCACUACGAUCAAUGAGAUUAUAACGUGAUACAGUUCAACGCCCUUGAUUUUAUCUUUGCUUUAAGAUUUAUCUCUUGAAUCCACAUAAACGCUUGAAUCCAAGACAACAGGAUGCUAAACAGCAUUAUAUGUUGUCAUGAAAUAUAAAGCAUUGGUCCAUGCCUACAAUUUAUUUAUUUAUUUAUCAUCCAUUCCUUCCUUCUUUCAUUCCUUCAUUCCUUCAUUUAUACAUUUAUUUAUUUAUUCAUCCAUUCAUUCAUUUAUUUAAUAAGUACACAUAUUAUAUAAUAAUUAUAAAUAAGAUCCAUUAUAUUUACAUUAUUUUACGAAAUGGGUCUGGGGGAGGGCCGGGCCUUGCAUUGAAUUGCGCACCCUCUACACUAAACUAAGUUCCCAUGAUAUGAAAUUGCGUUUGUUUGUUUCGUUGUCUUAUGUUUUUGUUUGUGUGUGUGUGUUUGUUUGUUUGGUUUGCUUGUUUGUUUUGCUUUGUAUUUCUAUCAUUCUGAGUGAACAAGUAAACGACUUCGCUUUUUCAGGUUUAUUUGAAGUCGAGGAAAGCCGUAAAGAACUUUCAAUUUGUCACAGACAUAGAGAUGACUUCGGGACUAGAUGGUUAUGCAAUUAAAAAAAAUGCUCCUGUCCAUCGGAUUGGGCUCCACAUGGGAAGUCUUCUCGGAAAGGUGAUCGAGGCAUGACUCUGCAACAGUCUCAAAAGCUUUAUGCUUUAACAUCUACACUUCAGUUCCGGUGGGGGUCACGUGAGUAUACAUCAGAAUUCCAUCCUGACCGCCACCUUGAUAAGAGAUAGUAUCAGGAUAGUAGAAGAGAAAACUACCCUCAUUGAUAAAAGCAAAGAUACUUUAUGUGCAAAAGCUGACAGAAGGAACAAGCACACAACCUCAAAUGGCCAGCUUUACUGUACUGAUAUCAAGCUCGACAAAACUUUCGGAAGGCUGGGCACUGAGGGCGUCUAAGAAAUCAAAGCAUUUCAACGAAAACCAAAAGAAUUAUCUCGAUGAAAAGUUCAAACUUGGCCAGGAGACUGGUUACAAAGAAGAUCCAUCCCAACUUGCGAGUGAUAUGCGUCGCGCUAAAAAUGAAAACGGAGAGCGUCGAUUUGCUGUUGGCGAGUUUUUAUCAGCACAGCAGAUAAAGUCGUACUUCUCAAGGUCAGUAGCGAAGAUCAAACAGGCGGAAUCGGUAGCAGAGAUCGAUGUACCAGCCAUUGAUGAAGAAAUGGCAUACUCCUCAGCUCAUGACAAGAUAAUUCAAGAGUGCCAGCUUAGUCAUCCCAUUUUGUAUGACACAUACCACCUCUGUCAACUGUAUGCCACGAACAAGCUUACUCGUUUCAUUAUUUCUUUCCUUCAAGAUAUAUGCACAUAUUUCCAAUUUGAAAUUGAUUCCCUUCCUGCUACACGAAAAGCGCCAUACGUUGGUCUGAUCAAUGAAAUGAUAAAUCCGUGUACGUGCAAAGAAAAAUAGGAACUUUCCAGCUGGAAGUGACCAUAGUCUUCGUAUUCAGAAAGUUAUGACCCCUAGAAUAGAGGGACACCAACAUUAUUCCAACUGCCUUGAGAGAAAUAAGCACAAUAGGUGCAUAUGCAUCAUACACGGCUACGAUACGACAUUAUCCCUUUGUUGCUUUGUUACAAAAAAAUUGGCAGUGAAAACCUCACGUUUACAUACACAUGUUUUAGAUCGAAAGGAUUUUAUAAAGACUAACCUUGUUCUGUUAAAAACGUUGGUCAUCUUCUGUAUCAUUCUCACUUAAUCGACUUCCUGUGUGUAACGCAAUCACAUGGAUAAGUUUUGAAAAGGGUGGAGCGGGCUAAAGUGCAUGCUCUUGGCAUGGAAACCACUUCUAAAGGUAACAUUUUGUGUAAUUAUAGCCUGGGCAAUUCCUUCUGAUGUUAAAAAAGUUUUUGUUAUCGUUGGGUUGGUAUUAGUUGCGAAUAUGACCGUUGUAACAACAUAAACCAGCAAUUUGCAUAUACUAGACUAUCAAAGAUUGCCCAGAUUGCCUUGACUUUUUGGCUUCAGGAGAAAAUUAUAUGUAUAUUUAAUAUGAAGGAGACCUGUUUCGAAGUUUUUAUAUGAUAUAAGAGGGAAUUCGAGUGUUUUGGUAAUGUUUUUCUUAAUAUGACGUGCAAGUCACGUUGUCACGUAAAGCGCCUCUUGAGCUCAAAUACGCUUAUAUAAAUCGCUCUAAAAAUUAGUGGUUUAAAUAGCCCAAAAAAUUUAUUGCAGUUUUUAAAAGAAGAAGCCUUGUUCUUGACAAUGAUUAUUGUCUCAUGGUCAGUUUAUGGAGCCAUGUGACAAUGGCCGAUUUUAGUCGCCAAAGUUGAGCUAUGUUUUGAUGGAUGAAACUUCACCGGAAUUAGAAAAUUCGUAAAAAAAUCGUUUUUUUAAGGAAUCUUGGAAAAAAUACUUCAGAACCUUUGAAAAAUAUCUCUUGUUUUAGAAUUGUUAUGUUGUUUCCGAAUUGCUGGCGAAAUAAGUUUUUUUCGGCCGUUAUCUUUAGGUGUACUAUUUCACUGGGAAAACACGGUUAUGAACCCCCAAAACACAAAAUGCCACCGUUCUCCCAACAUAAUUUUUUUUCGGCAUUUUUUAUAUUUUUCCAUAACUAAGGCCAUUUAUACCUAUGUUCUGGCAAAGUUUGAAAAAAUUUCAAUUUUUUUUAUUUUCAACACCGGUAAUUACUAAAACAAGGAACGACCUAAAACCACCUAAAACCACUUAACACCACAAAAGACUUAAAGAACUUUACAAAAUGAACUAACAUGUUACAAAAAAUAAUACAUUGGGAAUCAUACAUAGGCGCGCGUAUAUAUGGAAGUUUUUGUAAUCAUGAUUCAAAGCAUUUUCCAUCUUAAGAGUCAGCGCCAACGCACUCUACGAUUGUUAUUCGAGGAUUGUCGAUUCAUUUAUUUGCAUUCAUUAAUGAGGUCGGAUUUUCUUCCCAGAAAAGGGCUAUUGUGUUUAUAUGAUAAACAAAAUAAUACAUGGUUGCUUGUAGAUAUGGAAUUUCUCUUCUCGUGUUCAACUCGACAUCUCACUCGUUCACUGCGCUCACUCGUGAGCUAUCGAGUUAAACACUCGAAGAUUAAUUCCAUAUCUACGCGCGCCCAUGUAUUAUUCCCUAUUUAUUAUUUUUUGUAACUUGUUAGUUCAUUUUGUAAAGUUCUUUAAGUCUUUUGCUGAGGGAAUAUAAAAUAAUUAGCAUGUUAUCGCAUUUCAUUUCGUGAGAUGGUUGAUUAUACAUGGGACCAGGGAGAGUAAGAUUUCAGGGGGAGGUAGAGGUGGUAUUCGAUUCUCGUAUUUCGUGUACGUGACAUGUUGUCGUUUCGUCUUAUUUUAGACAUUUAUGCCUUGUUUUAGAUGGUUUUAGAUAGUUUGCAAGUGGUUGUAGAUGUUUUUGAGGUGGUUGUAGGUGGUUGUUGAAAUUUUUGAGGUGGUUGUAGAUGGCUGUAGGUGGUUGUAGGUGGUUUUAGGUGGUUUUAGGUCGUUCCUUGUUUUAGUACUUACCUUUCAACACCUCUGCUCGAUUUUCACAGACGACCACUCUUACACCACUUUUAAGUUUUAUCCAAUGCUCUGAUAUUAUUUAAAAAGGAUUAAUUCGUUUGACGGUCUUCACUGCGGACUCAUUUUAGCUUUUCAGUUUUUUGAAGCAAACGGUUUUGAAACAUCUGUUGAUGUUCGCUAAAUGCAGUCUUUAAAUCGAACUAAACGCUCAGCGUCUCGCUCACUUAGAAAAACCCACGUGGUCUGUCUCUUAAUUAGUAGCUUUAAAACGAGCUUUAGCUUCAAUAGACAAUAUCAUUCGUUACCUACAUCUGCACUGUGUCGUUUUGGUCGACUGAACUGUUCAGUGGAACAUUUUUCGGCAGAUUUCUUUAAAAACGUUCGUCACCUGUGCAACAUUGUCAACCGAUUCAUUCAACAUAUCAAACUCAUGGGGUACAAAUAGUCUUAACAUGAAUGUAGUGACCACGCCCACUUCAACGCCCCACUCAAAUCGAGUGUAAUUUUCGAAUGUUUUACCAUCGUGCGGGUUCUCUAUGGAAAAAGCACUCAGUGUACCUCUGAAAUAUUAAACUAUAAUAUUGUGGCUUUCUAUUUCGCUAAUUUUCUAACUUGAAGGUAAAGUUUUUCCCUCGUCAUUUUUACCUUUUCUCCGAGCGGUUGCGUGAAAUUAACAAGGCGUUUUUGAUCAAAACACGACCAAGCGAAGGGUCUCGGGCGAUAUCUCUUUUACGCAGGCGCAAAUUAAAAUGUACCGCCAGAAUCAAAAAGAGGAACAAAUUUCCUUUUUUUUUGAUAUGUAAAGUGUCGAACAAAAAGCAGAUUUACCGUCUUCAAAUGGCGUUUCAAAAACAGCUGUAUCUUCCUCCUUUUGAUUUUUCCUGUUUUGUAAUCGUGAAAGCAGUAGGAGAGGGAUCGGGAAACUCAGAAAGCGCUUCGGGAAUUAAUCUGCCAUCGUUUACUUACAAGAUAAACAAGUAAGAUUUGUGAAGUUCGUUGAAGUAUGAAGUCUAAAUAAAUGCCUUUUUAAGCUUGUUUGCUGGAUUUUUCAUAAACUUCCCUGAUUAAUUUUCAGCUUACUAAUCUAUACUAUUUCAAAGCAAUGCAAAGACGAAGACGGAGAACCAUGAGUCGGUCCUUUCAACAAUCAUAAACAAAGUGUUUGAGCAAUCAGGUUCACGAGGAGUAAUAAUCAAUAGCCGCAUAUCAGAAGUCUUCAGAAAGAAAAUACUCUGUCUUCAAAAAGCUGUCAAGAAAGCCAGUAAUCGUGGUGGAAGAAAAUUAAAUGCACCUCUUAGCAAGUUGGAAACGGGCCCUCGGUAUCGAUUUAAUAUCAUAUCGAUCUCAAUAUCAUACAGUUUUGUAUCUUUCUUCAGUCGAUUCGCCUUUCUAACGGGGGUUUAUGUUGAGUAUUCAUUGCAAAAUCGUUUUAUUUCUUCUAUUUCUCUCUUUGGCCUGUCCGCCAUUUUGAAAAUAAGUAAAGGAGAGCAUGCGCAUUUCGUGGGGUUAGUGGUUGCGUGCACCUGGAACCGAGAAAAACAAAUGUUCGUCGCACUGGGGAAAGGGUUUGAUAUGAAAAACUCGAAUUGCUGGAACUCCAAAAAUGCGAAAAAAAGAGCCCUGUUUCAAUUUUUUAUGUCAAGUAGGAUUUUACCAAGCGUACACGUGCGUUCGAGAAGGUAGGGCCAUUAUUUCACGAGAAACUGAACAAAAUUUGAAUAUUAUUAACUCUGCAUAGGUUAUUAAAGCUUGUUAACUUGUACAUCGUAAAACAUAUUGUUAAUUAAUUCAAAACAUUCAUGAUAAUCCGUGUAAAUGUUUAAUUUAAUGAAGGAUCGAUCGGCACUGGAGCAGCAACCCUCUGAAACCGCAUCCCGCGUAGUCUUUAAUAAAAAUGUUAUAGUCAAUUUUAUUUCUUUCGCUUUCUUAUAAUAACAUUCAUGAGAGUAUAAUUUAAGUCAAGAGAUUAUAAGAGAUUACAUAUCCUCUUGUGCACGUAUAUCUUUCCUUGGAUUAAUAAUUUAUGCAUUCAAAAAAGUUUAGUAGCAUGAAAAAUAUUUUUUAAAAGUUUUGGUUUGUGUUUCCAUUGCCUUUCCUUUAUUUUGUUUUACGUGACUUGUAAAAAAUACUAUCGACAGACCUCGAGCAAAAAUCUAAGCGACAAGCGUUCUCUAUCGGUCAGCUUUGCACUGAAAGUACUUAUACGAUCAUAUAUAACUCGAGGAUGGUCUAACUCCAUGGACAGCAAAGUGCUUGUCUGAUUGUCUGCUUCAUUGCUCGUCUCACCUCACUAAUCUUCCAGCAGUAAAGAAACGGGUUUAACGUCGAGUUAAAGAAAACAAGGAUAAUCGCCAUUUGCCAUGCGACGGCUGAGUUUGAUGAAUAUGUUGUACUAGAAGUGUUUACAAAUACCACAAUAAGGUAUGGUGUAUAACAAAUAACUAAUACUGACUGUACCCACAGUGCGCUGUACACUGCUUUUCUGUAUCGCGCCAUGUUCAGUGCAUUUGGUUGGCUCGGCUGUUGUUGUACUUGUGCCUGAUGAUGUCUAAGAGUGCGAAAAAUCUUUGUGUACGAGGCGAGUGAAAUAAGCAGCGAAAGUGGUAUCAAUAUCAAGAUACUCAAAAGUGUUAUACGCUGAUCGAAAAUGAUGCAUAAAGAGGCGACAAGACAUAAAACCCAAAAGCUAGCUAUAAUGAUAUAAAUGCGCUUCAAAGUUACAAUCUCUUUGUAUCUCAGUUCAAAAAACAGGGUGAGAAGCCUGUCCACGCUUAUUACCGCUAUCGUCAGCAAAGAAACUCCACAUAAUGCUACGCCCGUAAUGUAAGCUGCUUUUCUUGCGUAAUGACAAAGGCUCCAAUGUUCGUGAACCACGGACAUCCAAUAAGUAACACGGAGAGGCUGAGCAAAAAAACCAACCAACAGAUCAGUUGUUGCCAGACAGCGAUACAAGAGUUUGGACGGCGGAUGAAGGGAAGAUUCUUUGUGAAGGGCAACAAGGAUGAGAGAAUUACCAAGAAAUGCUGUGAAGGCGAGGAAAAUGUUGACUGCUGCGAAAGAAACUGAUGCUGAUUGAAGCCCACCCAUGAUCAAAGAGGGGGAGCAUACCAGUUCUUCAAAUGUUUUUGUCUUUGUUCCACCUCUGGUGAAAUUUGUUGUCGAAUAAUUCUACAUUCGUUUCCUCUGUUCUUGCAACGAGAAAUAUUUCAUCUAAACAGGACACGCCGAACUAUGGUAACUGAAACCUCUCAUAAAGACUUCCGCCCUCGCGUUAAUCAUUUAAAAUGCGUCAGAAAUUUGCAGCUGUGGGAUGCCUCAGGUAUGAAACUGAUAUUGGUUGAAGCCCAACCAACAAAGAGGAGAGCAUAGCGGUUCUUCAAUUGUUUUCGUCUGCGUUCCAACUCUUCUGAAAUUUGUUGCAGGUUAUCUAAGAUUGCAACGAGUAAUAUGUCGUCUAAACAGCCCACACCAGCCACGAUCAAUUACACCUCAUACUUCAAUUAAUGAUAUUUAUAAACACUGAGAAUUCUUCAUCAGUGUUUACUCGUUCAAAAUAUGUCAGAAAAUUGUCUGUUGUGCCCAAAAAUUGAACCUUGGAAGUGCCUCAGGUAUGAAAUGGCAACAAGUAGAAAUGGAGAGACAUCUGUGGUAUCAUUCUUUUAAAAGAACGACGAACAAUCUUCUUUUAUUUAGAUCAACUGUCACUGAUAGGGUGCUAACCUGGUGUCCAUAUUAUUCGUAUGAAGUUCAGACUUGUAUCAUUAGUAGCCAUGAAAAAUUAGAAAUAAAAAUUUCAAGCUGGCGAUUUUAUUUGGUCUUAGAAACGUGCGAUUUGAGACAAUCUGCGAAUGCAUCAAACAAUUCAAAUUUAAAUUUUGGUCACAGAUGUAAACAUAUUUUUAAAUGUUUGAAUCAAUUUGUAAUGACAGGUUUUUCCUUUCCGUUUUUCGUCCCCGGACUAAUAUUAAAAACAAAACCGUACCAAGAUGUUAGGCCGCGCGCCAUCGAUUUUUCAAACUCGUUCUCUGCCAGCUUUUUCACUUUCGUCAGGAAAGUUAUCAUGAUUUUUUUUAACCAAAACUGUUUUACCUAUUUUGCUUAUUUCGCCCCAUGAUGUAAUUUCCUGUCUUCAUCCCUUUGGUCCACAAGAUAAGAGAAAUGGGCGGUUUCUGAAAAUAGAGGAGGCGAAGAAACCAUUGUUUUGCACCAGCCAUGAUGGCCCUACGCGCUCGGUAUCAUUUUAAUCCCAGAGUUCCAUCGGAUACCGACAAAACGAGAAACAAAACAGAAGAAAAUCAGGAAAUUCCUUUUUUAAACAAUUUUUGGCUGUUUCUUUUACGUUCUCUAUUUGUUCUUCUCCUUUCGCCAAAAUUUUAAAGUGGUUGUCCUGCAAAAUUAUAUAACAAAGUUCGCCCAAAUUUUUCUCUGCCAACGCUUUCAUGUAUACAGCUGUGACUGAAUUCUUCAUGUCGUAAUUCCCUGAGCGAUUGGCAAUUCUCCUCCGAUAACCAGAGUUGUAUGACUAUGCUAAAGCGAAUAUGAUAAUUUACUGAUCGAGAAGGAAAAUGAAGGAAUGGAUACUUAAAACUGUCAACACUCGAUAAAAAUAUUUAACAAUUAUUUGCCGAAGAUGAAGUGAAUAAUAUUAUUAUUGAAUAAUUCCCGUGACGAUGUCGAGUUAAAAACUACACCUUGUUAAACAUACAUAAACAGCAUUUAUUAUUUAUGAACGUACGAUCUCUCUUGGUUGCGUGUUAAGCAACUCCCGCGUUUCUUUCAAGCUCUCCAAACUUCCUGCGUUUAUCGUAUAUUUAAUGACCGCACAGUGACGAACGAAGCAAUUUUUAAAAAUAUCCUGUCAAAGAUUAGGAAAGAUUAGUUAACCACCACAGACACGCCGCCUCGUUUUAGGUUGGAAAAAUUUCGUUUUUGCAAAAUAAUUACUCUCUAUAGAUUCAAUAUUUCAUUCCGGCUUCAAAUUAGUCAUUUCAUUUACCAACGGAGGAUUAGCUGACAGAAAAAUCAGACGAAAGACUUAAUCGCUGAAGAUGCGUCAAUCCCUCCUUUAACAAGAGUUCUUUCAUAGGGAAUUUUCUCUGAUCCUCUAUAAUAAUUCAGUACCUUGAUAAACAAGAACAUGUUCGUCGCAACCAGCUGUUGAUUUCAGUAACUAAAGUUUCAGUUUAAUUUCAAAUUAGCACUGCAAGUGAAUUCCCUUGACAAACACAAAGACAUGGGCUAUGUUUUUUGUUUUACAAUACGAUAUGGGCCUCCUAAGUCUUAAAAGAUCCAUUUUGUCACUUCUUUAAUGGGUGAAAUAAACAUGUCGUUCUUUGGGCGAUAAUUAGAUGGUAUGAUAUUGAAGGAAAGUGUGAGCUUAUAUAAAGCUUUGAAAACGACUCAAUAAAAAAAAAAUUGUGGAACUUCGGGACAGAAGGUAAUCACUUGGAAAUGGAGGAAAUAAAAUCCGUAAAACUCAGAGACAACCUAAAGAUACAUAAGCGGCAAACUGGACCUCUAUGCAAAUGAUGCGAAACUUGUUUUUCGCUGUUGCCAAUAUAAUUUCAGAACAUCAAUAGAUCUGUAAAAAAGUUCUGUAACAAACAGAGAUGGUCAAUUUUAUUCCAUUUACUUUCGUAACUUUCAGUUAAAUAUACAAGUAACAAAAACUUCUUCACAUAAGCUUUACGGAUAUUUUUCUGAUAACAAAGCAAAUUCAAGACUGAAGCUGGACCGUCUCUUAUGGCAAUAUGGCGUCAACAUCAACGUCAAGCGCUUUCUUUUAAUUAUAGGAAAACUAGUUGAAAUAGUUUUAUCGUAACACACAACAUCGGCCUCAAACACAUCUCUUAAACUACUCUUUGAAGUUUUAUCUGAUGCCUUCAUAUUACUAAGAGGAGAAAACAUGAAAGUAGAAUGUUUGCAUAUAUUUUCUUGCUUUAUGACAUCUUGUAUUUUAGCACAGCGACAAGAAACCUUAUUUUUGAAAACACAUAGCUGGGUUACUUAGUCAGUCGUUAAAUUAUUCACGGAGAUGUAAAGACUAUCGAUAACAGGGAUCAAUAUCAGUAUCUGGGCCGAAGGCGCUAUGUAACAGAGCCAUUUAAAUUUACGAAAAAACGGCUUAUAUAAAACAGUACCAGUAAACAACCCUUAUGUAAUAAUGGUCAAAUGAAUGGCCUUAUGUAAUAAAUGCUUUUAAAAUGUACCACCUCAAAGUUCGUAAAAAGCGCCCAUUAAAUGUUCGUAAAAUGCGACUAAAUGUUCGUAAAAUGCGACUGUUAAAUGUUAGUAAAAUGCGACUAAAUGUUCGUAAAAUGCGACUGUUAAAUGUUAGUAAAAUGCGACAGUUAAAUGUUCGUAAAAAUACGUUAAAUGUUCGUAAAAUGCGACUAAAAUGUUCGUAAAAUGCGACCGUUAAAUGUUUGUAAAAUGCGACUCUUAAAUGUUCGUAAAAAUACGUAAAAUAUUCCUAAAAUGCGACUCUUAAAUGUUCGUAAAAUGCGACUGUUAAAUGUUCGUAAAAAUACGUACUAAAAUGCGACUGUCAAAUGUUCGUAAAAUGUGACUGUUAAAUGUUCGUAAAAUGCGACUCUUAAAUGUUCGUAAAAUACGUUAAAUGUUCGUAAAAUGCGACUCUUAAAUGUUCGUAAAAAUACGCUAAAUGUUCGUAAAAAUACGUUAAAUGUUCGUAAAAUGCGACCUUUAAAUGUUCGUAAAAUGCAGCUGUGAAAUGUUCGUAAAUAUACGCCCUUUAAAUGUUUAUAAAAUGCGACGGUUAAAAGUUCGUAAAAUGCGACUAAAUGUUCGUAAAAUGCGACUAAAUGUUCGUAAAAUGCGACUAAAUGUUCGUAAAAUGCGACUAAAUGUUCGUAAAAUGCGACUAAAUGUUCGUAAAAUGCGACUAAAUGUUCGUAAAAUGCGACCGUUAAAUGUUCGUAAAAUGCGACAGUUAAAUGUUCGUGAAAUACAACAGUUAAAUGUUCGUAAAAAUACGUUAAAUGUUCGUAAAAUGCGACUAAAAUGUUCGUAAAAUGCGUCCGUCAAAUAUUUGUAAAAUGCGACUAAAUUUCGUAAAAUACGCCCGUUAAAUGUUCGUAAACUGCGACUUUUAAAUCUGAAAAGGGUAAACACGUGACAGUUAUAAUAAAACCGAUAAACUUGUGGCCCUCUAUAAAAUACAAAAUCAAAAUUAAUAUUAAAAUAAUUCUUCAUCGUCAUUAUAGAAAGAUAAAAAUUAUUACUAGACAAAAUUUGUGAAGCAAGCAAAAAUGGUGUUUAAAAACUAUCUAGACUCUUAUUUAGCCAAUUAGAAAUCUUAACUAUUUAAAAUCUAUUAAGUAUCUAAAACAAGUUAUUUUGAAAAAAUAACAAGUUAUACGUGCCUCGAUACAAAAUAGAAUCCAGUUAUUAAGUGUGAGUAAUUAUUAGGGACGGACCAUUUUUUUUCUGGAGGGGGUGUAUGAGAAAUGUUCUUCCGCAAACACUUUUUUUUAAACAUAUACGUCUCCGCAAACAUAUUUUUAAACAUAUACGUCUCUGCAAAUAUUUUUUUAAACAUAUACGUCUCCGCUCCGCAAACAUUUUUUACCAACAUCAUCUUCGUGCAAACAAUUUUUUUCCAUUUUUUAACUGCCACAGUAGAAUCUCAUUUCUUCAAGAAAUAUUUAGCUAUUUUCAGAUUUGUUAUUUGCUUAAAACAGAGUGACCACUUUUUAGUGCCCAAAGUGUGUCAAUUUUUAUUCUAAUGCCUCAAUUUGUUAUUUUGUUUUUCAUUUCAGUUUUAGUAGAAAUAUUUUUUAAUAUCUUACCUGACUUCUCUCCAAACAUUUUUUUUUAACCCUAUCACGUUUACAAACAAUUUAUUUUCUCUUUCAGCCCCGAAAACAAUUUUUUUUAACAUUUCUCAUGAUCAUACCUGCCCUUCAGAAAAAAAUGGUCCGUAUGCUGGUAUAGAAUAACUGUUCAAAAUUACAACGCUGCGUUUUUGAAUUAGAAAGAAAUGAAUAAAAAGAUUCUUCACAUUCAACACAUUUUACCUUUCGUAAAAUGAUCUUUGAGAAGGAGAAAAGCAACGGCGGAAAAAAGACAGCUCAAAAGUUUUACCUUUUCAUCUUAAUCAUUUGACAUGAAAAAAAAAAGCCUGGAAACGAUAGUUUAUAAAAGAAAUAUAACCCUUUCCGGCUUGCUGGUAUGUCGCCUGAUAAAGUUCCUGUCUGAGGUAUUGUCCUCAAAAUUGUCACAUUCGCCCUCGAAGCUUCGCUUUUCGGUCGAAUUUUUCAUUUUUCGAACACUCUUUCAGCCAAGGACAUUGUCAGUCCACAUACCCGCGGCCUGAUGGGAUUUAUUCACUAAAUAUGUAAAUAUACAUAUGUUUGUAUCUGACUCUUUUUCCAGUAUCAAAGAGGGCGUCGUGCAGGUAACGGACCUUGUUGGGUAUUUGGCGUUAUAUCCACCGAGCACAUACCCUGCAGGGGAUAUUUUCAAGUAGUGCAACGAAGAGAUCGGGCAACUCUGUGCCAAAUCCUACAGAGAGUACUCCUUCCUGGCUCCGAGGUCCACACUGACGAUUGGGCCGCCUACAGAAACUUGAAUCGCCACGUUCCCAACGUGACGGUGCAUAGAAGCGUGGUCCACCAAGACAACUUCGUUGAUCCCCUGACUGGAGUCCACACUCAGGAGGCAGAGUCAGCUUGGGCACGGCUAAAAUACCACAUAAAGAGAGAAAAGGGAGUUAGAAGAGAGGACAUCCCCGCUUUCCUCCAUGAGCAGAUGUGGCGAGAUUGGAGAGGAGGAGCAGACGUGUUCCGCAGUCUUAGAGUUUUAAUAUCUAAAUAUCACCCACUGUAACAAAACGUGCAUUUGCGUGUGCCAAUGAUGGUAAACAUUGCGCUAAUUUUGUCUUUUUCUCGUUCAAAGUUCUAUUUUGUAACCCGUCAGAUACUAAAUUAGUUUGUAAACUUGCGGAGACGAUAAUUUUCCUCUCUAACAUCAUUAAACACAAAUCGCUUCUCCAAAUUCGGGUGUGACGAUUUAUUGUACCAACCAAUUACCUCAUAUCUGUCUACGUUUCAGAGAGCGAGUUUCAGCAAUGAAUCUCUAUAUGUCAAAAAUGUAAUGUUACUUGAAACUUUGACGAAAAAACAUUACACGACGGACCAAGUACAAAUGACUGGUAGAAUGUGUGGGUCAGCGAAGUCGCUUUGAGUUUCUUGCAUAUAGAUUUAACAAAAGGGAGACUUCUCAGAAACUUGCAAAGAAAAAAAUUAUGACAGCCUGUUGUGAAGUAUGCGAGCUUUUUGGACUUUAAUUUCAAGGAAACAUAUUUGAAAGUGCGACGGCUCUCUUCCAUCAAAAAGUGACUUUUUUGAAAAUUGCGAAACAAUUUUGAGCUACUCAUAUUGAAAAAAAAAAAAUUUUUGAGGACCGAAGAUUCAAUUUUGCGAAAUCUUUUGUUGCCUUAAAUGCACCCUGGCAUGCUCCUAGUCCUCUAAUAGAACACCUCUCAAGCGAGCGCUCCUUUCGACGUGGACGAGUUUAAUAGACUCAUAAACUCUUUCGUGAAAAGCUUAUUGUCUUAGGGUCAUGUAGAGGCGAAACGUUUUAAAAGAAAGCUUAUUUUUAAGUUACAUUCACAAUGAAACAACAACAACAUACUCAAGCACGUCGCCUGAACAACAUUAUUUCCGUUGAGUCGACCUCAGCGAUAUUUCAAAGGAAUUUUUACGUGAAAUUCGGCAGGUACCGCGACCUUUCCCAUACAUGGUUGUUUCAGGAGGUUGUUCCUUGACCGUAAAUCAACUUAACGUAUGUGUUUAAUUUUUUCAUGUUACAUUUCUAUUCUAUUUUUUAAUUUUACAUUACUUGUCCGUUGGGUCGAUGGCCAAGGUCUCUGACCAGUGUGGCCAUUCCCUAUGAGGUCACUGCGCCGCAACAACUCAACACGGACUUGUUUAAAGUCCUGCCUGCAUUUUUCUUUUCUCUUUCGUUUUUUUUGUUUUGUUUGUUUGUUUGUUUUGUGAUACGCGAAGAAAUAAUUGUAACCUAAUGCAAGUAUUAGAUCUUUCCCUAUCUCUCUUCUUUUUGUAUCAUUGGCAUGACUAACGAUGUCGCUCGUGGUUGAAAUCACCAUCCAAUCACAGCGUUCAAAAGAAAAAGGCGCGAAACGCCCUGUUCACGAAUUUGCAGGCGGCAAGUAGGGCCAAUAAGCUUAGAGCGAUCAGUGGCGAUCUUGUAGAAGAACGAAAUGUGAACAUAAAAUCUGUCACUUAAAAUGUUGAAAAAAAAAAAAAAAGCGUUAGCAAUCGUUUCUCACAUCUAUAUUUUUGCUCCAUAUUGAAACAAAUUAUUCCCUUCCUUUCCUAUGGCUUCCCCUUCGACAAAGUUGCGCGUGAGUAAAAGUGGUGACCUUAAAUUAAACGUGCACAAGCAAAGGUAAUCACGGAAUAUCACGAAAAAGAAAUUGUCGUGAUCUUGAACAAAAUUCUCACAGUUAGCAAUAAUAGGGAAAAAAACGGGCCAACAGGCGUCCGGAUCUAGCGAAAUGUUGUGAGGACAUUCACCAAGGUUUGGCCGACUUUCACACAUUGGGUGUUAGUACUCGUGUGGUCUUUAAGUCGCGAUCGCUUUCUUUUUUUCUAACAAAAAUGCCUUCAUUCGUACUAAAAUGCCCUAUUCAUUAAACCAUUUCCGGUGUUUUGAUUAGGCAUCCAUGGAAAGGAGACCUGUUGCAUUGUCAUUCAGCGUAGGCAGAACCUCAGAACAGAUUGUUAAGUGUGCGCUCCGUAAGUCAAGGUUCAAUCAGAAAAUCAAGCAUGUCGUCUUCACAAGACUAUUUUGAUUUUAUCGACCUUACCGGUUUCCCACAGGAAUUUUUAUGUGAGAUUUGGUAUGUAUCGCAAACUUUUCAAGUCAUGGUUGUCUCAUGGUUAUUCCUAAUUUAUUUUUAUUCAUGUUGCAGUACUUGUCCAAUGGUCGAUGCUAAAAUAUGUCACCCGUGUGGUCAUUCUGUUUGCGGUCACUGCGCCGAACGAAUGGUGGAAAAUGGGGCACGUAACUGCCAUAUGUGCAGGCAGCCAAGAAUAAGUUUCUGUAGAAACUUGUUUGCGGCUAAAAUGAUGCAAGGCAUGACAGCCAAGUGCCUGAGUUGUGAGAGGGAUGUGCCCCUCGAGGAUAUCAGGCAGCAUGUUAUCCACGACUGCCAAGAAAUCGAGCAGCACUGUGGCUUGUGCUCAGCCAAGUUUAAGCGGGGAGAUGCGUUACAACACAAGUCAGUCUGCCCAGAAGAAGAGAUAUGGUGUGCCUGUGGGCAACAACUCCUCCGUAAAGAGAGACCUCUACACUUGAAAGCGGAUUGUGAUUAUGUCGACGUGUCCUGCCCUCUGGGGUGUACUUCCACCAUGAAAAGGUCAGAUAGUAAUGCUCAAUGUAGUAAAUGUUCAAAACGGGUCAAAGUUUUUUCGUAAAGCUUUACUAGUUGAACAAGGUAACAGAUAAACUGGUCAAGCGAUCAAACUUGAGCUUAAAAAUUCUGAGCGCUACAGGAGAUACCAAGGCUCUAACGCUCUUCAGUGAUGGUUCGGACAAAUUAUUUCGACAGAUGGACAGGAUUCAUACUUUGCAAACUUUUGCGAGAAUCUGUUGAUCUUCUUGUAGAAUACUGUUGUCGAGUCCAUUUUCAAGUGUGACCCUAGUUUUGCAAUCGGAACAAGAUUGUAAUUUUCAUCUGAGCACGAUAACUUUGGACUAACGCAAUAGUUUUGAGACAUUUGCACAAACUGAUUUUGAGAAAUUCGCACUUAAGUCUUGACGGAUGACGCUUAUAAUAUCAUUGGCAAUUUCAUUUUUUAUUAUAGUUUUUUUGUGCAUGUUGAAAGUCUUCACGGCCAGGUGAUUCUGGUACCUGGUCUCGUCAUUUCCAUUGCAUUUACAUAAAUUUAUCAGUAGUGGGCCUCGCUCGUGCAAAAUGUUUCUCCUGAAAGCUCGCGCUUUGUCAUUGUCAUGGAUGUUCUGCAGAACAUACUUCAGAACUUUUGCCAAGUGCGAGGUAUGCCUCACUGAAUUUCAUUUAAAACUCGACGCGCAUGUUUCAAGCGUUCAAUCCGUUGGGCUGAACGCAAAACAAUUUAGGGUUUUAGAGGAGCUGAAUGAGGAACACUUUUAAAACCUUUUUUCAUUUAAAAUCUUUUCGAUCAUGUAACAAUUAGCUUUUUUCUUCCGGUAGUGGUUUUGGGUGUCAAUUAAACGCCACGUCAACGAAUUACACAAAACAACCAUUAUAUCGGCAUAUUUAUAACUUCGCCUCUAUCGUGAAUGUCAACUGUGGCUUACUUACUUGCUCCUGUGUUUCAAACUCGACAAAGCGACGAGUAUAGCGGUAAUUAUUUUCAUUCUAAAAUUUGUAACUAACUCUACGUGAUACGCUUGACAGGAGGAUCGAUCUGCCACAUCUUCUCUAAGUGCGUUUCUCAUUGAAUUUUAGUUGAAAGCAACCCUCAGUUAUAAAAUGUCUGCCAGAUGUCCGUUUGCCGGUCUAGUUACAAUAGCUUUUUUAAUUAAGUGUUUCUUUCUUUAGUUUUGAACGAGAUUCUGUACGGUCGAAAUUAAUUAGUAUGGGGUUGGCUGACUCUAACUGAAAUUCUCUCCUUUCAAACGCAGAUAUUUGAUUCCAGCCCACAUGGCUACAUGUGGAAAAGCAAUGAACGCGUGCCAGGUAGCUGGCUGUCACACUUAUCUUCGCAGGGAAGAAAUUGCGGCACAUGACAGCUGCUCCACUUCCCGCCAUCUCGUUCUAAUGGAGCAGGAAAGGUCAAGAACUUUGUGGGAAGUAGUCAUGGUAAGUUAAGAUGCUUUUUAUUAAUUCUAACCCAAACCGUCAAACCCGGACGCAACAAUGGAGUUUUAUUAAGCACAAUUACGACGCUUUGAUUUGUUUUCCGGAUGUAACCUUAUUGAAUUUAUUUCCUUCGCAGAAUCGUCUCCUUGUCGUACCAAUUAGAGGGGAAGAAAAAGCAAUAUUCACCUGGAGGAUUCCGGACAUGCACGGCUCAUUGGGGUCACCAAUUUUCUCAAAGUUUAAUAGAAAAUGGAAAUUGCUAUUGGACAAGGACAGGAAGAAUCUUCAGGUCCACUUCGUCCAAGGGGUGGAUCCCAUUUCACUGCUAGCAAGGUAACUGUUUUGAAUUAGAAUUUUACAAUUGGGGAAAUAUGUGGAUUUGGAUGAAGAUCGAAAGUGAAAACAUGUAAUAAAUUUUUCCUUCCAAAAUUUACAGAGUGCUAAGUGAAACGGAAUAAUCUCCUGUGUAAACCGUGUAACCAUCCUCGAAUAGGCACUACAAUGAAAUGUAUUCCUAACUUGUCAGAUGGCUGAAAAAUAAUUAUUUUGCUCAGUACAAGAUAGAGUGAAACUUGAAAAUUAGGUUAAAGCGCCUAAGAACCGAGUCAUGGAAUGUCUUGAAAACCGUGUGAUAAAAUCUCUAACAACCAAGGUUUCUAAUGUUUCGGUGAACCGGGAUAUCCAAUUGCUUACAAACAAAGCUUUGAACUACGAAAAACCGAAAAAAGAAAAAAAAAACCGAACUAAAAGAGAUCAUAAAAAGCUGACCCAUGGCUCAUAAAACCUUUUAGGAGAAACUUGGUUAUGUUGUGUCUUGGAAACUAGUUAAUCGCAAUACCCUAAAAAAAUCCUAGGUCACUGGAUGCCUCAUAACGCAUAGCGGUACAGUUGUUCAACGUUCCAAAAAGUAAUGAAUUAAAGUAAAUAUUGUUUUCUUUCUUCAACAGCUUCGCUGUCGUUACUGCUGAACAGAAAAUCGAGGCUUAUAUGGAGAUUGCUCCCUGGAGGAUUCAUCUUAAAGAGGGCGAACACUUUGUUGUUUCCUUGACCGGAGGAAAAUCGGUGGAGGCAAUCACCAUAAAAAUGGAAAUAGUGAAGCCACAUGUCGGUAAUAGGCGUUAAUUAAGGCAGUUGCGGGAACCGGCAUUAUUCUACUUUUUGCUGUUCGCUUGAUUAUACUUGUAAAUAAAAAAAAAACAAUAAUGUUGCUGUUUAUUCACGGGGCCAGAUCUUUAUUCUAGUAAUUCAUCAAUAAAUUUUGAUGAACAUGUUACUUUUGCCUUUGAGUGAUUAAUCAGUUUGAGUUAUUUUAGCCUGUUUCAGGCUCUAACUCACUGGGCGGGCGAGCGAUGAACUACUGUUGCGGGUGCAUAAACCCGCCAUUUUGUUCUUUUGCUCAUUUCCAUUAACCGAGAGCCUUGCAGAGGUUUGAGUUAUUUAGCUCCCUCUCGCUUUGACUAAAGAGCUUUUUGUGUUUUAUUGCCACCCAUGAACUGUUGCAAUCUUAAUUCCAACGACAAUCUUUCAGCUGUUCUGUCCCUGCAACUUACAUCCAGAACCCUUUACAUUUGGCAUUUUAAGAGUAAUUCAAACUCGUGCAUCUGAAGGACUUUUUGUAGUCGUGCAUUCAACCAGACGCUUCUCAAAUCAUGCAUGUUACGAACAGUCUACGGUCGUGCACUUUAGAGCACUAAACUGUCGCAUUUUACGAACGCUUAAUGGUCCCAUUUUUGAGAACACUUCACGGUCGCAUUUUACAAAAACAUAACGGGUGCACUUUUGGCAAAUUUUAAGAAAACUUUACAGUCACAUUUUACGAAUUCUAAUCAAUCGCAUUUCAUAAACACUUAACGGGCGCAUUUUACGAACACUCAACUAGCAAAUUUUACGAACACUUAAUGGGCACAUUUUACGAACACGUAAUAGUCGCAAAUUAACAACAUACGAAAUUUUAACGGGCGCUUUUUAUGAACAAUCAACAGUUGCAUUUUAAUCGCUUUUUACGAACAUUUAAAAAUCACUUUUUACGAACAUUUAAGGAUCGCUUUUCACGAAAAUUUAACAGACGCAUUUAACAGAUAAGACCCAGUUAACAUUUUACGAACAUUUAACGGUCGUAUUUUACGAACAUUUAGUCGCAUUUUACAAACAUUUAACGUAUUUUUACGAACAUUUAAGAGUCGCAUUUACGAACAUUUAACGGUCGCAUUUUAUGAACAUUUAAGAGUCGCAUUUUACGAACUUUUAACCGUAGCAUUUAACAAAUAUUUAACGGGCGUAUUUUUACGAACAUUUAACACCAACAUUUUACGAACAUUUAGUCGCAUUUUACGAACAUUUAACGUAUUUUUACGAACAUUUAAGAGUCGCAUUUUACGAACAUUUAACGGUCGUAUUUUACGAACAUUUAGUCGCAUUUUACAAACAUUUAACGUAUUUUUUACGAACAUUUAAGAGUCGCAUUUACGAACAUUUAACGGUCGCAUUUUAUGAACAUUUAAGAGUCGCAUUUUACGAACAUUUAAGAGUCGCAUUUUACGAACAUUUAAGAGUCGCAUUUACGAACAUUUCACAGCUGCAUUUUACGAACAUUUAACGAUCGUAUUUUUACGAACAUUUAAGAGUCGCAUUUUACGAACUUUUAACCGUAGCAUUUAACAAAUAUUUAACGGGCGUAUUUUUACGAACAUUUAACACCAACAUUUUACGAACAUUUAGUCGCAUUUUACGAACAUUUAACGUAUUUUUACGAACAUUUAACAGUCGCAUUUUACGAACAUUUAAGAGUCGCAUUUACGAACAUUUAAGAGUCGCAUUUUACGAACAUUUAGUCGCAUUUUACGAACAUUUAAGAGUCGCAUUUUACGAACAUUUAAGAGUCGCAUUUUACGAACAUUUAACGGUCGCAUUUUACGAACAUUUAGUCGCAUUUUACGAGCAUUUAACGUAUUUUUACGAACAUUUAACAGUUGCAUUUUACGAGCAUUUAACAGUCGCAUUUUACGAACAUUUAACAGCCGCAUUUUACGAACAUUUAACAGUCGCAUUUUACGAACAUUUAACGGGUGCUUUUUACAAACUUUAAGGUCGUACAUUUUAAAAACAUUUAUUACAUAAGGCUAUUCAUUUGACCUUAAUUACAUAAGGGUUGUUUACUAGUACUGUUUUAUAUAAGCUGUUUUGUCGUAAAUUUAAAUGGCUCUGUUACAUAGCGCCUUCGGCCCAGAUACUGAUAUUGAUCCGAUAACAGCUUGCGCAACUAUUUCAUUGAGCCACUAAUUUGGUUUUAUCCAAUAACUUAUUUAACGACUGCUCUCUAAUAAUAAUCCUGACUUAAUAAGCCUGCUUUGAAAGUGUGAAGAACAACUCAAGAAAGACCUAUUUUAGCAAAGAGCUUCUUUCAGUGUCCGCUUCACUGCUUGUCUCACUGCACUAAUCUUCCAGCAGUAUAGGAACGGGUUUAAAGUCGAAUUAAAGUAAAGUAAAAUAAUUGCUACUUUCCGUACGACGACUAAGAGUAAUGAGUAUUUGUUAGUGCGAGUGACCACAAUUUCCACUGUAUACAUUGGCGCAUAACAAAUAACUAAUGCUAACUGCACCCACAGUGCACUGUCCACUGCCUUUCUGAAUCGUGCCAUGUUCAGUGCAUUUGUUUGGCUCGUCCGUUGUUGAUCUCGUACUUGUGCUUGAUGAUUUCUGAGAGUGCAAAAAAUCUUUGUGUACGAUGCGAAGGAUAUUACCAGGCAAAAUGGUAGAAACUAGGUAGCCGUACAAAUAGAUUAUACUGGGAUAAAAAAUUCCACAUAAAGAGGCGACAAUGUUAAAAACCCAAAAGGUAGUUACAAUAAUAUACGUGCGCUUCAAAGUUACAAUUUGUUUGUAUCUCAGCCCCAAAAACAGGGCGAGAAGUCUGUCCACGCUUAUGGCCGUCAUCGUCAUCAAAGACACUAAAAUCAAUACAUGGCUUGUGACGUAGCCUGCGUCCCUAGCGUAUCGACAACGGCUCCAAUGUUCUUGAAACACGGACAUCCAAUAUGUAGCAUAGAGAGGCUGGGCAACAAGACCAACCAACAGAUCAGUGGUUGCCAGACAACGAUACAGGAGUUUGGACGGCGGAUGUAGGGAAGAUUCUUUAUAAAGGGCAACAAGGAUGAGAGAAUUCCCAGCAAAUGCUGUGAUGGAGAGGAGAAUGUAAACUGCCAAGAAACAAAUUGAUAGUUGUUGAUGCCCACCCAUCAAAGAGGGAGAGCAUAUCAGUUCUUCAUAUGAUUUCGUGUGACUUCUGCCGCUACUGAAAUUUGAUAUCAACAUAAUUCUGUCGUCGGCUUUUCCCUUUUCUUGUGGGUCUCUGUUCUUGCAACGAAAAAUGGCAGCAAUGACUACUGAAGCCUAACUUUCUACCUAACAGUCGCAUAAAGACUUACUCAUUUAAAAUGCAACUGGAAAUUCUCCAUUGGGUCAAAAAAAUAUUUUUUUCCUCGGGAACCUUUGGGUUCCUCAGUUAUGAAAUAGCAACUAAAGGCAAAUAUAGAAACAUCUGUUAUUUCAGUGUUUUUACAAUGCGGCAAAGAGUCGCUCUUUAUCAGUAUCAAAUUCCAUUAUAAUAGGAUGCUAAUCAAGGGUCCAUAUCUUUCGUGUGAAGUUAAGACUUGAAUUAUCAGCUACGGAGAGCUAAAAAUGCAAAAGCUCAAGCUGGCGAUGUCAAUUGUUGUAAGAGAAAAAUUGAAUUCGUGACAAUAACCGAAUGUACUACGUAAACUACACAACUAUUCAAAAUUAAUGUAUACGGCCACACAUACGAACUUGUUUCAAAAUAUUUGAAAUUAACUGUGUAUCUAAUUGCGCUUUGAAGCCUUUUUUCUCUCCGUUUCGUAUCCUACUAGAACUAAAAACAAAAUAGUAACAAAAUCAAGUUGUCACACCGGCAAACCAUCUUCUGCAACUGUAAAAGGAAAGUUAUUCAAUUUUUGUUCCAGCGAUUCUCUUAAACAGUUGAUGAAUCUCCUUUAGUGAUGACAAUUAGUUACAAGAUAAUUUAUUAAUCGAAAUGGAAAAUGAAGGGAUGGGCGCUCAAGGUUUAUCAGCAGUCGAUAAAAAAAUUACAAUUGCUCCAGGAGAGGCUUCGUCUUUACCAACCCUGACCCAUAUUUGAAACUCACUAAAACUGCCACGUGCUUUUUAUCGCACACUGAGGAACGAAUAAGUUGUUAAGAAGACAACUGCUUGUCAAGACAGAUUCGGACUUGUAUUAGGCCUCGUUUACACGACUGCGUUUCUUUUGGCUCCAUAAAUAUAUGUAAAUACCUGUUUUUGAAAACCUUUCAAAUCUGAAAAUAUAUAUCGAACAAAUACAUCUUUUCGUAGCUCAUCAAAAAGAGACACUUUGUGAUGAGAAAAGAAAAUAUAUAUAUAGACUAUUUUAAUAUAUUUUUUUCAAAUAGCAACGUUUUCGAAAAUGGGUUUGUAUAUAUAUUUAUAUAUUAACUUUAGAUCCAUUGUUUUAUUUUCGGACGGGAAAAUUGCUGAUAGACAAACAAACAACUCAUUCAAUUCUUUAAUACAGAGCAGGAGUUUUAUCCUGAAAAUUUUAAUUCCUCCGAAUAACGACUGCAGCCGAUCGAACCACUAGCGCGUUUGGGUGGACUGCGACAAGUUUCUAAUCUGAAUCAGUGAAUUUAAAUUUAAGUAUAAAUUAGCACUAAAAGUUAAUUUCUUUGACAAACAAAUAGAUUAAUAAUACCUUUUUUAAAUAAUAAAAUUUAACAGUAUAUUAAGAUAAGAUGUCAUUUAAGGGCCGAUUAUUGAAUUGAAAUAUUCUCCCUUUACUGAGGACAAUACGAAGCAAUAACGGGGAAAAGUUAGCCUAUGUGACCCUAUGAUAUGAUAUCCUUUCUUCCCACGUCUUGUUAGUGAGAUAAUAAAGGUGUUUUUGUAUAAAGAAAGCUCUCGUGUAAACGGCAGGUAACUUUGUGAUGCUUUGGGGCAAUUUUCAAAAUUCUACUUUAAUUGCAACGGUUACAUCGUAAUACUGAAGUGAAGAAAACAAUUUAUAUAAGUGGUGGUCCAAAAUCAAUGGACCUAUGCUAAGGAAUUAUCAAAAUUCGCCGCACAGAUCUUCAAUUCUACCUUCAUCAGAACUCCCUCACUAGCGUUUACUCUUUGAAAAGACUAUUGACAAAAGCUCGACGUACAACGAUUCUACUGAACUUCUUAUUUCUUCCGCUUAAUCAAUAAUAUUUUGAAGAGCGCUCCAUAAUAACAAUCGUGACUUAAUAAUGAAAGUCUUACAAAACCAAACCGAGGAGGAGGUAACGCUACGGACAGCAAAGUUCUUCUCUGAUUGUCUGUUUCACUGCUUGUCUUACUUCACUAAUUUUCCAGCAGUAAAGAACGGACAUUCAAGUUAAAGUAAAGUAAGACAAUUGAUACUCUCCAUAUAACGACUAAGUGUGACUGAUCUGUCUUACUAUAGAUUGGUGCGCAACAAGCAAUGUAAACAGUGAUAAAUGGGCAACACAGCGGUCAAAUGAUUACGCAUGCGCUUUUAGAUGGAUGAUUUCUAUUAUAAACAUUGAGAAUCUAAGUGAUGCGUAGUUUUUUGCUGUUUCUUGGGAAAGUUCAAAGUUUCUAAGGCCUAGACUUAUACACAUUGUUGUUUUAGACUUGACCCAUGUUGUGCUAGUUUAUACUCUCGUACUUUACACUUUACACUUUGCUUAGCGGUUUAAAUGAAGUCGUAAGCUUGGCCAUGCUGGCGAGGGUAAAAGUAAGCUUCUGUAAUUUGCCUUCAUCGCCGGAACAAGGCGUCUGCGUUGAAAGUAAGUUGAGAUAUCUCAACAUAAAAUAAGACCAAGCUUUAAGCUCUCUCGGAAAUCCCUCUUUCAACUAUAUUACGCAUUCAAUUUGAAAUAGUUAGGAAUCUAAACUUUCCUUCUUCACUUCACUUAAUACACGCGUUUGAAAAUCCCUUGUAUUCUUUUCAAAACACGUGCAUGCGCAGUGUUUGACCGCUGUGUUUAAAUUGGCUGCUAUUAGCUGUUUACCUCAAUCAAUAAAAUUUACUUCAAGUACAAAUUAGCACUAAAGUAAUAUCCCAUGGCAAACGUGAAGACAUCGGCUAUAUUACUGUUUUCAAUACAUUAAAGGAAAUCGACUUCGACUUUUUAAGUAAAGAAAUAAGCAGUAUAUUUAGAUAUACUGCUAUUUUUUAGGCCCGAUAAUCAAUUGGAAAUAUUCUCGCUGUAUUUUAGUCAAUUCUGAAUUCAAUAAAACUUUAUGAAACGACUUGAAAGAAAUAUAGGGGAAAGUUUAGGACAGUUAAUCGCUCGGAAAUGGUAAACAUAGAAUCAAAAUCACUUGGAGACAACUGAAAAAUAACCAGGAACAAGUUGAUUAAAAAACGACCCAUUCUAACUAAUAUUUUUAAAAUUCGAUGGUUUUUUUUAGAACUUCGCGCAUAUAUUUUCUUAGAUUAUGAAUUGAUCUAACCAUGAUAAUGUGAGGUAGCAUUAAAAAUAAUUUUACAAAUUUAUGGUUAGCUUUUCCAUUGCCUUCCCUUUAGUUGUUAAGAUGUGAAAAAAAUACAAGUUUUGAACUGAAAGUACCAGUACGAUCGGGUAAAACUCGAUAUAGUCUAACUCCAUGGACAGCAAAGUGCUUGUCUGAUUGUCUGCUUCAUUGCUUGUCUUACUUCACUUAUCCUCCAGCAGUAAAGAAACGGGUUUAACGUCGUAUCGACAAAGGCUCCAGUGUUCCUGAACAAGACCAACCAACAGGUCAGUUAUUGCCAGAGAACGGUGCAAGAGUUUAGACGGCGGGUGGAGGGAAUGUUCCUUGUGAAGGGCAACAAGGAUGAGAGAAUUUGUAAGGAAUGCUGUGAUGGAGAGGAGAAUGAGCACUGCGGAGGAAAAAGCAAAUCUUUGAUGUAAUCCACCUGCAAAAGAUGGGGGUGGAUAACAGUUCUUCAAAUAGUUUCGUCCGUGUUCCACCGCAAGUGAACUUUGUUGCCGACAUUGUUCUGUAUUCGUUUCCUUUUUCUUGUGCUGAGGCAACUGACAACGAAAAAUCUUUCGUUUAAACAGCACACGCCAGCGACGAUGACUGAAACUUUCUUCAAUAAACACAUAACGACUUCCUCAUCAGCGUCUGCUCAUUCAAAGUACGUAUGCAAAUUGUCUGUUGUGCCAAAGAGUUGAUUUCUUUUUUUCCGGAAGCUGUGACUAGCCUCUUGUAUGAAACAGCAGCAAGAGGCAAACAGAGAGACAACUGUGAUAUCAUUUUUUCACAAGGCGAAAAACAAUCCUAUUUUUUUAGCGGAUCGACCGUUGGAACCCGUGGGGUGCCUCACGGAUGAAAUAGCAAUAAAAAGAAAAAAAUAGAGACAUCUGUAAUAUCAGUUUUUUCAAAUCAAAAUGCUAUAAACAAUCCCCUUAGAUUCAAGCUUUUUUUUUAAUAUUUGAAUUAAUUUACAUUUUAAUAGUUUGAUUCAUUCGGAGAUGUCACGAAUCCAAUUUUUCUUACAUCAUUCAAAGUUGCCAGCUUGAUCUUCGUACUUUCAGUUUGUCGAGGCUGAUAAUGAUUGAAGUAUUUAUUUCACGUAGAUGAUAUGGACACUUGAUUAGCUCCCUAUUAAUGAAAGUUCAUUAAGAAGAGAGACCAAAAUAGGAACAAAUUAGCUUUAAGAGUCAAACGUACAGACAGACAUCUGUGAUACUAUAAGCAUUUCACAAUUAUUUUAAACGCCGUCUUCUCAGGUACGUAGAAAUUCACCUUUAGCUAAGCGGAGAACAGGGAGUAUAACGUUUAAUCUCGGAAAAUUAAAGGUUUUGAAAAGAAUUCAAUAAGAAAAGGAAAGUUUUGAUUUAAAUCCAUGCACCCACUUACACAAUGUUCGUGUUAUUAUAUCAUUAUCAAUUGCAUUUUAAAACAUUCAUAAGCAAUAUGGAUAUUUUUCUAAUGACAAAACAAAAUUAAGUUUACAACUGUUUACAACAAGGACAAGAGAGUUGUCAGGAGAUGCUGUGAUGGAAAGGAGAAUGUAAACCGCAGAAAAAAAAAAUUGUUGGUUGAUGCAACUAAUCUACCAAACAGGUGGAUAAAUUAAAGCCAUUGUUUCUUUCGCUUUCUUAUAAUAACAUUCAUGAGAGUAUAAUUUACGUCAAGAGAUUAUAGGAGAUUAUAUAUUCACUUGUGCACGUAUAUCUUUCCUUCAAUAAAUAAUUGAUGCAUACAAAGUAAAGUUCAGUGGCAUGUAAAAUACUUUAUAAAAGGUUUGGUUUGUGUCUCCAUUAGUUUUCCUUUACUUUGUUUCACGCGACUAGCAAAAAACACCAGCGACAUACCUCGAGCAAAAAUUUAAGUGGAAAGCGUUCUCUAUCGGUCAGCUUUGCACUGAAGGUACUUAUACGAUCAUGAAUAACUCGAGAAUGGUCUAACUCCAUGGACAGCAAAGUGCUUGUCUGAUUGUCUGCUCCAUUGCUUGUCUCACUUCAGCAAUCUUCACCUGCAGUAUAGGAACGGGUUUAACGUCGAAUUAAAGGAUACUAAGAUAGUUGCCAUUUGCAAUAUGACGACUAAGUGUGAUGAAUAUGUUGUGCUAUAUACUGCCUUUCUGAAUCGCGCCGUGUUCAGUGCAUUUGUUUGGCUCGGCUGUUGUUGAUCUCGUACUUGUGCUUGAUGAUAUCUGAGAGUGCAAAAAAUCUUUGUGUACGAUGCGAAUGAUAUUACCAGGCAAAAUGGUGAAACUAUGGAGCCGUACAGAAAGAUUAUACGGUUAUAAAAAAUUCACUUAAAGAGGCGACAAGGGCAAAAAUCCAAAAGGUAGUUACAAUAAUAUACGUGCGCUUCAAAGUUACAAUUUGCUUGUAUCGCAGUCCCAACAACAGGGCGAGAAGUCUGUCCAAGCUUAUGGCCGUAUCGUCAUCAAAGACACUAAAAAAUAAUACAUUGGCUGUGAUGUAGGCUGCGUCCCUUACGUAUCGACAAAGGCUCCAGUGUUCUUGAAACACGGACAUCCAAUAUAGAGCACUGAGAGGCAGGAAUGCAAGACCAACUAACAGAUCAGUUGUUGCCAGACAACAAUACAGGAGUUUGGACGGCGGAUGCAGGGAAGAUUCCUUAUGAGGUGCCACAAGGAUAAGAAAAUUUCCAGCAAAUGCUGUAAUGGAGAGGAGAAUGUCAACCGCUAAGAAGCAAAUUGAUUGUUGUUGAAGCCCACCCACCAAAGAGGGAGAGCAUAGCAGUUCAUAAAAUGAUUUCGUGUGACUUCUACCGCUACUGAAAUUUGUUGUCGACAUAAUUCUGUCUUCGGCGUUUCCCUUUUCUUAUAGGUUUCUGUUCUUGCAACGAAAAAUGACAGCAAGGAUUACUGUAGCUUUACUUCCUAACUAACAAUCGCAUGCUGACUUACUCAUUUAAAAUGCAUCAUGAAAUUUUCGAUUGGAUCAAAAAAAUAUUUUUUCCCGGGAACCUUUGGGUGCCUCUGUUAUGAAAUAGCAAUAAAAGGCAAUUAUAGAAACAUCUGUUAUUUCAGUGUUUUUGCAGGGCGGCAAGAGUCGCUCUUUAUCAGAAUUAAAUUUCAUUAUAAUAGGAUGCAAAUCAAGGGUCCAUUCCUUUCGUGUGAAGUUGAGACUUGAAUCAUUAUCAGCUACGGAAAGCUAAAAAAUGCAAAAGCUCACUCUGGUGAUGUCAAUUGUACUAGGAGAAAACUUGAAUUUGUGACAAUCACCCAAUGUACUAGGUAGAAAACACAAUUAUUCAACUAUGCAAACUUGUUUCAAAAUAUUUGAAAUUAACUGUGUAUUUAACUGCGCUUUGUAGGUUUUUUUUCUCUCCGUUUCGUAUCCGACUAGAAUUAACAAUAAAACAGUAACAGGAUCAAGUUAUCCCUUUGGCAAAACAUUUUCUACAACUGUAAAAGGAAAGUUAUUCAAUUUUUGUUCCUGCGAUUCUCCUUUGGUGAUAACAGUUAGUUUCCAAUUAUGAAGUAGACAGGAUAAUUUAUUAAUCGAGAUGGAAAAUGAAGGGAUGGGCGCUCAAAGCUUAACAACAGUCGAUGAAAAAUUUACAAUUGUUCUAGGAGAGGCUUUGUCUUUACCAACUCUGACCCAUAUUUCAAACUCUCUAAGAUUGUCUCGUGCUUUAUAUCGCACACUGAGGAACGAAUAAGUUGUUAAGAUGACACCUGCUUGCCACGGCGGAUUCGGACUUGCAUUAGGCCUAGUUUACAUGAUUACGUUUGUUUCGACGUUAUACAUAUAAGUAAAUACCCGUUUUUAAAAACCUUUCAAAUUUGAAAAUAAAUAUCAAAUAAAUUUAUCUUUUCUUUUCUCAUCAAAAAAAGACACCGUGAUGAGAAAAGAAAAUACACACACACACAUAUACAUAUAUAUAUAAAUAUAUAUAUAUAUAUAUAUAUAUAUAUAUAUAUAUACAUAGACCAUUUAAUAUAUUUUUUUCAAAUAGCAGCAUUUUCGAAUAUAUAAACCAUUUUUCGAAAAUGCUGCUAUUUGAAAAGAUAUAUUAAGUGGUAAAUGUUUAUAUUUAUAUAUUAACUUUAGAUCCAUUGUUUUAUUUUCGGACGGGAAAAUUGCUGAUAGACAAACCAACAACUCAUCCAAAUCUUUUAUAUAGAGUAAGAGUUUAUCCAGAAAAUUUUCAAUUUCUGCAGCUGAUCAAACUACUAAAAGCGUUUGUGUGGGCUGCGACAAGUUUUUAAUCUCAAAGGUAUUCAGUUUUAGUACAAAUUAGCACCAAAAGGUAAUUUCGUUGACAAACAAAUAGACAUCGGUUCAUGCUGUUUGACAAUACGAUAGGAAAACUUUUUUUGUCAUCUUUUUAAAUGAUGAAAUAAGCAGUACAUCAAGAUAAGAUGUCAUCUGAGUGCCCAAUUGAAAUAUUCUUCCUUUAUUGAAGACAGUACUAAACAAUAACGAGGAAAAGUUAGCCUAUGUGACCCUUUGAUCUAAUUUUCUUUCUUCCUACGUCUGGUUAUUGAGAUUAUAAAAGUGUUUUUGUACCAAGAAAGCUCUCGUGUAAAAGGCAGGUAAUUUUGCGAUGCUCUGGGGCAAAUGUCAAAAUUUCCCUUUCAUCACAACAGUUACAUCUUAAUACUGAAGUGAAGAAAACAAUUUAUAAGUGGUGGUCGAAAAUCAAUGGACGUAUGCUAAGGAAUUAUCAAAACUCGCCGCACAGAUCUUCAAUUCUACCUUCAUCAGCAACAUUUACUUCAGAACUCCCUCACUAGCGAUUACUCUUUGAAAAGAUUAUUGACAAAAGAUCGAUGUACAACGAUUCCAUUGAACUUCUAAUUUUCUUCGCUUAAGCAAUAAUAUUUUUGACGAGCACUCCCUAACAAUUAUCGUGACUUAAUGAAAGUCUUACAAGACCAAACCGAAGAGGAGGUAACGCUACGGACAGCAAAGUACUUCUCUGAUUGUCUGUUUUACUGCAUGUCUUACUCCCCAAAUUUUCUAACAACAAAAUACGGAUAUAACUUCAAGUUAAAGUAAAAUGAGACAACUGAUACUCUCCAUACAACGACUGAGUCUGAUUGAUAUGUUUUACUUUAGAUUGGUGCGCAACAAACAACUAACGCUAACCGCACCCGCAGUGCACUGUACACAGCCUCUCUGUAUCGCGUCAACCGAAUAGCGACUGCAUCUAAACUAGUAAAUAGUGUGUGUUAACCCCUUAACUCCCAGAUCAAAUUUUUAUUUCUCCUUACUAUCAGUCAUACAAUUCUUAUAAUGUUAGUCAAGAGAAUAUAUUAUUGGAUCAACUAAUUAUCCCCAAAUUGAUAUUUUUCUUUACUCUCACUAGUUAUCUGUUUGAUUUUGUAUUGAUAUUGUAAGGAGAAAUUCUGUCUUGGUCACUCAUGGGAGUUAAAGGGUUAAUUAAUUAAGAUAUGAAGCACACAGAAAACUGAGGAGACAUCAUCCAGCCAUGACACCCUCGGCCUCGUUUUGAGUACGAAAUUUCAUCAAAUACUAAAUUAUUCAUUUCGUAACAUAUUUACUUUUCUUUCGACUCUACAUUAUUUAUUUUAACUUUUAAACCAUUAUUGUAUUCAUCGAUGGGGAAAUAGCUGAGAAGCAAACCACACGAGUGCCUUCAUUGUCAAAAAAAAUGCAACAACUUAUUUGAUUCUUGUGUAAAGUUCUUUUCUCGGCAAUUCUCCUUCCCAUUUAUCUCUUCUUUAAUUAUUCCGAAUAGCGACUGCAGCUUGACUGGAAAACAGUUAUAAAUAAGCAACACAGCGGUCAAAUGAUUACGCGUGCGCUUUUAGAUGGAUAAUUUGCUAUUCUAGACAUUGAGAAUCCAAAUGAUGCGUAGUUUUUUGAAGUUUCUUAGGAAAGGUCAAAGUUUCUAAGGCCUAGACUUAUACAAUUUGUUGCUCUAGACUUAACCCAUGUGGUUCUAGUUUACUCUCUCGUACUUUUUUUUUAAACUUUGCCUAGCGGCGCGAUGAAAUCGUAAGCCUGGACGUGCUGGCGGUGGUUAUUCCUUAUUGUAUUUAUGGUAGAGUUGCCGUCAUCACCGAGGGAAAUGUUUGAAAAAAGGAAGAACCAGUGCCACAUAAGAUAUUGGUGACGAUAACAGGUCUAUUUUAUGAUAGUAGACUGUGUAGCGAGGGUAGAAGAAAGGUUCUGUAAUUUGAUUUAGACCAAGAUUUAAGUUUUCUCCGAAAUCCCUCUAUCAACUGUAUUACGCAUUCAAUUUGGAAUAGUUAGAACUUAACCUCUCCUUCUCCACUUUACGCAGAACACGCGUUUGAAAAUCUCCCGUAUUCUUUUCAAAACACGUGCAUGCGUAGUGUUUGACUGCUGUGGUUGAAUUGGCCGCUACUAGCUGUUUACUCCAAUCAAUAAAAUUUAAUUCGAGCACUAAUUAGCGCUAAAGUCAAAUCCCAUGGCAAACAUGAAGAUAUCAGCUAUAUUGUUGUUUUCAAAACAAUAAAGGAACUUGAGUGUGACUUUUUCUAAGUAAUGAAAUAAUCAGCAUAUUUAGUCCAAUUUUAGUCCAAUCACGAGUCCAAUUUUUUUUUUUACAUCAUUCAAAGUUCCCCGCCUGAUCUUCGUAAUUUCAGUUUGUCGAGGCUGAUAAUGAUUGAAGUCCUAAUUUCACACAGAUGAUAUGGACACUUGAUUAGCUCCCCAUCGAUGAAAAUUCAUAAGGAAAAGUGACCAAAAUAGCAACAAAUUACCUUAAUUUAAGAGUCAAACGUAAAGAUAGACAUCUAUGAUACUAUUAGUAUUUCGAAAUUAUUUUAAACUCCGUCUUCUCAGGUAGAAAUUCGCCUUUAGCUGAGCGGAAGAGAUGGAGUCUUACGUUUAAUCUCUGAAAAAUUUAAGAGCUAAUGUCAACAAACAUUAGACAAACAGCGGCAAGUCACCCAAAAUUGUUUUCACUCAUACUUUCAUUUUUGUAGCCCAAUAUGUCCCAAUAAUUGUGGUGUAGAUUUUUUGUGAGAAUAUAUAUUCUUUUUCGAGAAAUAAUUUUUUUAGCUCGACCGCUCAAAUAUGCAAAUUUUACCGUGAAUGUCACUCGAGUUGUGUGACCUCGUGUAACGAAUAUACUUGACCUCCGCUAUUUCUGACAACAUAAUCCUUUGAUGUAUCAUCUAAACUUAAUCCCCUGUCAUUAUUGAAGCUGGCAAAGAAAUAUUUAUUUUUUGGUGAAUAUUUUUGUCCGAAAUACUUUUUCUAUGUCGAAAAGUAGCAUCAAGACAAAGACAGUUUAAACAUUGACCGAUAUGACAAAAUCUACUGAGCUUCUAGCUUUUGAAAUACAAAAGGAUGGUUAUGAAGUUACUGUAAAAAAUUUCCUUGUGUAUUUGUGUUGUUCUAACGUGAGACGAACUCAAACUCGGACAAAACAUACUUGCUAGCGACUAUGAAAUAUACAUGGUGCCUACUUGUCGCCACCGUUUACUGGAAUAAAUCACAACAAUUUAAGAAAAAAGUUUUGCAAGUUUUCAGAUACCGAAAAUGAAGUUGAUCUGACUUUGUCGCAAGCCGGCAUCUUCAAGACGCCGAAAGAUAUCGAUGAUUUGACAAUUUUCCCCACUCAUAGAUCAAAUCUCGGUGUUGGGUGGAGUCGUGGUUCCAAUAGCAGAUGUAGAUUGCCAAAAGAAGUGUUCGGCCAUGGUGAAGGCAGGGUCAAGUCGAUUCCAAAAUGCGAUAGGGAAAUUGGCAAGUGUGUUUCACGGAUAAUACUCAAGGUAUCUGGAAAAUUCUUACAACCUGGCUCCGGUAAGUACGCUACUUACCACCGUGUGCAAAAUUACGCCUCCCGUCAGACUUAAGUCUCGACUGGGAAUUGGUCAGUAGGCUACCAAAAAUCCAGACAGAGGCGGAGUUUUCUAUACUAAUGUCUGAACACUUUGUUGGCUUCCCGCCGUCUGGCGGGACGCGUAAUUAUGCACACAGUAGUAAAGGGCCCUCCCGUACUAGCUAUUAGACGCUGACAAAACUUGUUUCUCUUCACCAAAAAUCACAUCAAAAUUUGUCCUUGCUAAAUUUGAAGCAUGCUGCACGUAUCAGCAUCCCCCGGGGGACCCUGUACAUAAGAAAAAAUCGUCCUAGUAAUGCAUAUUUCAGGAUUUUUUUUUUUUGAGCGAAAAAACACCCUAAAAGGUACCAACUACGUCUCUGGUAGUCCACUAAAGUUUCAGACACCGUAAAAGGUACCAGAUCACUGAUUUUGACCCCUAAAAGGUACGACAAGCAUCCUCACCCAUUUGUCAUCGCCUACCCCUUCUCCCCCACCCCAGGUCAGCACCUAAAAAACAAAAAAAAAUGUGAUUUGCCAACUACGAGCUGUCAAUUUCACCUCGUAAAAUUAACGUGAACUGGUUAAUCAAUUAUAAAAACCUUUAGGCACUUAUCUGUCAGAUUUUUAUGGUUGACACAGGAGCUCAUUACCCUAAUGGGUUCCUGUUGACAAAAUCUGUCCUGUUCGGAGGCAGGACGGCCGUACUUUUGAAGUUUUGUUCGUCUUGACAUAAUUUGGUAGGGAUUAAAAUAACUGUACGUCUGCAUUUGUUAAAAAGAGUUUAUCUAAGCCCGAUAAUCAAUUGGAAAUAUUCUCGCUGUAUUUUGGUCAAUUCUGAAUUCAAAAAAAAUUUAUGAAACGACUUGAAAGAAAUAUAAUGGAAAGUUUAGGACAGUUAAUCGCUCCUUCAUAGGGGAAAGCAGUUUAAAACUUUUGCAUGGAGGCUACGCAUACUCUUUUCUGGGAACUAGGAAGUAACGCCGAGGAAGACUUUUUUGUUGAUUGAUGUACGUCUUCGCUAAACAUUUUUUGGGGCUCAUGUAAUAUUAAUCAAUGUUCGCCUCUCCUUUUCAGAUUUUCGUUACCAACGCAUAUAUGCCACCGUAAAAGGAUUCUUUACAAAACGAUUUAAUCUAGUAGAUUAUCUCUGUCUAAUCCGAAGAACUAGUGAUAAUUCUAUCACUCCAUAAGACUUAAACCCCUUAACUCCCAAGAUCUGAUUGUUAAUUCUCCUCUCUCGCUGCUAUACAUUUCCUUUUAACGAGCUGUUCAAUCAAUUGAUUUAUGCAUAGGGUAUUUCAUUUUCGUCAAACGCUUAAACGUUAAUUCAUAUGAUCAAAUUUCUUUCAAACAAAGAACACUAAUGAAGAAGAAAACGGCUUUGAAUGGAACAUGAACUCGAUAGACUGAAAAAACGUAAAAUGAUAAAAAAAUGUAAAAAUAAUAAAAAUAACGUAUAACGCAUCUACGUGCGCCCGUGUAUUAUUCACUAUUUAUGACUCAUUUCCUCGGAAAACUUCACAAUGUGUCAUCAACUUUUGGUUUUCUUGAGAAUGUCACGCAAUGGUAAAAACAUCAUUAUGGUCGUGAAACAAAAAGUGAGUCAUUUGCAUCCUUUUGGUGGCAGCGAGAAAUUUUUAACGCUCGCCAUCCCCAGCUCGAAGCGUUGCUUCUAGGUUAUCGCGAGCUAAAUUUCAGAGGAAUAAAAUCAAACAUUCCUACGUCGUGAGACCACUAGGAAAAGAAUACCCUCUCGACACUGUUCGUGUUAUAAGUCACCUUCUGAAGAACUCAUAAAAAUACCUUCGGUCUUGCAAAAUUUUACAAAUUUAACAGGUUCUUAAGGACGAAUUCAACGCUCCAUCGCUGACGAAACGUCGUUUUAAGGUAAGCUCUGAAAUAAUUAAUUAGACCAGGUGGAUUUUUGUCUCACCCACUCGCAGUGUUCCAUCAAUAAUAUUGCCAGUUUGUAUUAACAAAGAAAAACUUAUUACAUUGUAAAAUAUAGACAAUCCGGCAUGAGGCGUGGGGUCUUGGUUUCAUAUAGGUCUUUCAGCAAAGUGAGCCGGCAACAACACACUAUGCCAUAUGAUCGCAGACAAGAGCAAGUUAUGAAAAUGUUAUCGAUCUUAAGUGCUGUGUCCCUGCUUACUCUAUUUUUUUAGAAGAGUAUUUAGCGAGAACCGAGAAAACCGGGUGUUACGAGAUAAGCUGAAGCGUUUUUCCUUUUUAUUUUGAUUAUAAACUACCGUCUACGUGUUACAUCCUGUUCGCAUUAUAGAAAUUGAAGCAGUUGUCACAAACACACGUUUCGAGGGGAAGAUGUAAAACGCUCCUUGCUUAUUAAAUGAUACAAAACUUGGCUGGUAUUUUCAGUCAGAGAAAAAAUUUAAGGCGACAAAUCAAAAUACGAAUUCUUUAACACAUCAUCUGACUUCUUUUGAAAAAUGUAGGUUAUAUUACGAACACAGCGUAACUGAAUAUUCAUCAGCACACCUGUAGAAAAUGAAAAUAGGCUGAAAUCAAGCUCACAUAUAGAUUUUGGAAUAAAUGAUCGUCUUCUUUGCUCUUUUCUUUGUCCUACAUAAAUUCACGAGUGAACCACAUGAUCCUCGUUCUUGUUCGUCAUAACUUGAGUCGGAAAUUGAACGCCUAAUUGCAUUUGCUCGUUCUACAUAAAAUCAUGAGUGCUACCCGUUGGUGAUUUUCAUUGAAGGCAUUCUGGGUGGCGAAUAUUUAUCUAUUAGUUUAGUUUGAAAUGACAGAAAGAAAUGGUUCAAUAUGAAAGAAAGAAAACAUAACAAUUAAUCCGAGUCAUUUCGUUAGUGCCAUACCCCCUGACUGUGGUGUAUUCAAAGUUCUAGGGAGCAUGCCCGAAGGUGUGGUUGCAUAAACAACAUGGCGCGAUCGGUAAGAAGUAAAGAUCGUGUAGAUUAUUAUUGCUUCUAAAGGGAAAAGGAAAUAUAAACCUGGGGUAAAAUUGUAUCAAGUGGAAAGACUUGUCGACAAAUGGAAAUGGUCGAACAAAGUUUCGCAUAUUAUUAUGAUAAUUUUGCAGAGUUGCAAACAGUGGACAGCUGAUUUUAUGACUAGCGUAUUUACGUGUACACUAUAAUAUAUCACAUUUAAAUUACCUACCUUAAAAUGCCUGGCUAAAUUUUCAAAGUGGCUACCAAAACAGCGAAAAAAAAGUGCCUAUGCGGCGAGCGCUCUCUAUAUUUUUUGACUUGUUGUGAUACAUCCCUGGUGAAAAUCUUUGAAGGAUCUUUAACGAUCCUACAAGAUCUUUAUGAAAACCUUUCAAGAUCUUCACAAUUCUAGUUAAGAGCUUCAGGGAUAUUUCAUUCUCUUGUCAGGAUCUUCAAUGAUCUUCAAAGUUCUUGCCAAGAUCUUCAAGGAUCUUUUACUUUCCAGCCAAGAUCCUGAACGAUCUUGGCAGGAAAAUUUUGAAGAUCCGUAAAGAUCUUGGCAAGAAAAUUAAAGAUCUUGGAAAGAAAAUAAGAGACCCCUGAAGAUCUUGACAAGAACUGAAAGAUCCUUGAAGAUUUUGAACAUUUAUUUUUUAUCCCACAUAUUUCUUUAUAAUUGUUGUUUGGCCAAGGCCUGGAGAGGUCAAGUAUGAUCGAUAUCUCGGAUUUCUGGUAAUGGAAAACUACCUUGUUGUCUCAAAUAGAGUGAAUUAAUACUCAGAAACGAAAUUGCCAUCAUAUUUUGGGAUACGGAGGGGGUGUACAUAUUUCUUUUUUUUUUUUGCUUCCUGGCUUAGUCUACUGAUUACAAAUUUUAUUUCAGCAAUUAAAUUCCAUUUUGCCAAAUUAAACUUCGCUCCAUCACGUGUCAUUUCCUUGUAAACAAUCUGCAUUUAAUCACGUAUUCUAAUCGCAAUGUCCAACCCCACUGGAAAAAAUUCACACUAACUGCUACCGAUAGUGAACUUUUAACGCAAUUCUCCCGCGUUUUAACUUUUUCUACGAAUAAACUCGGCUUUUAACUACCUUGAACUUAAUCCAAUCGCAUGUUUAUUCCUUGUAAACAACCUGCAUUUUAUAAAAUAUUUCACACACAGUGGGCAAAGUCCAGAUAGGCAACAACCAAUCAAGGAGCCCUCUCUCAAAUAUUAUCCUUUUCUCUUGUGAAAUGUAUCUUCAUUGGUCGAGAUCGCAAUAUAUCUUUGGUUAGAGUCUAUUGAAGAUACAACAGAGUUUCAGUUUGAUUUUCGUAGUAGAAUGACAUGGAAUUAUAUUUUUUAGGCAUCUAACUGUAGAAGAAUAAUUUUGAUUUUCUCUCUGGUAGAGAAACGGCAGUAAGCGUUUGGUCUCAUCACGCUACGCGCUCUCUCUCCGUCGGGGAAUAGAUGACGUUGUGUGACGAGACCAAACAACUGCUGCGAAGGAGAAAACAGUAAGCGUGGCACCCAUCCAUUUUAUUUUUGCUUAGAAGUAUUUAGACAAUAGAGAAAAUAGACCAAAAGAUACAUUUGUGAGUUAAGCUAAAUUACCUUUUUUCUCUCUUUCUCUUAAGGUGAAGUAAUGUAAUAUUUUCGAUCUUUUAUAAAGUUAUGCUCUUUUUCUGUUACAAAAAUAAAAACAUUAGGUACACAAAGUGUCCCAUCUCAUCCCACCCGGUCAAAAAGAUAAAUCUUGCAUGCUACGCAUGCCUAUGUUUUUACUUGGAAGCCAGAAAAUUCCCAAUAAACUAGUUUAGUGCAAGUGACAUUAACUCAUGAGUAUCACCUUGCUUUCGUGAGCUGUACUGAGAAAUAUUGGCACUUUGACAUUUCUAUACUGCCGUAACCUUGGGCCAAUAUUCCUUAGUAAAGACUCGUGCUCGAACGGUUAGUAAGAAGUUAGUACUGGCUUUAGAAAAUGUGAUCUACACUGUACAUGUAUCUAAGGCUAUUUUGAAUUCCAGAACAAUUGAUUUCCUUGUUCCUCUACGUUUCUUGAAAUUUUUUGUAUGUGAAGACAGCCAGCAAGGUUUUUUUUAUGAUAUUUGAAAAACAACUAGUCUGGAUUAUCAGGAUAGUUAAAGUUAAGUUAAAGUCAAUUCUGUGCACAAAACAGUGUAAACAUGAAAUGAUUGCAAAAACAAUUAGUUUAACAUACAUAUACUGGUAAACCACAAACAUCAGCACCUGUACCAAAUUGAAAUCCAUAUCAACAUACACCAGCAUGUAUUAGUGUAUAUAUUUCAUUGUUUUUCCUGUCAUAAGUGUCCAGUUAAACUAACAGCCAGCUGCACACAUAUGGAUGUCGGUUCAACUGGAGGAAAUUGAAUAAAAAACUUACACAUUUUGUAGGUUUUGACCAGUAAUCCAUAUUUAAAAAUCAGCUAAGAGAAUUUUACUUUGGUUUUGCAAAAGUUGUUUCUUAUGAGAAAGGAUUCACCAUAAACUCUCCCCUCUUGUGGAGACAUGGUGGCCUUAUGAUUAGUGAGGUGGAGUCAGGGUCAAGAGAUCUGCAUUUGUAACCUGGCCAGGUCAUGUUUCUUGUUUUUGUGAAAAAUAAUUUACUCUCAUAGUACCCCUCUCCACCCAGGAGUAUAAAUGGGUAGCAGAAAUUAGUCAGGGGAACCUGAUGAAAUGACAAGAGGGAAGAGGGAGGGGGGAGGCGGGGUAACCAUGGGGUGGACUGUCAUCAUGUCUAGGGAGGAGUAGUAAUACCUAGUCGCUUCAUGUGAGGAAUCCAGGAUUAUAAGCUCAGGGCCUGGAUGGGCCACUGCUUAAAUACAGACUUUACCUAACUACCUACUACAGCCUCUGGUUUAAAUAAUUUCAAUUGCUUCUGUUACGAAUUAUACGAACUUGCAACAUACAGAUGAUGAUUUUUUUGCCCAAUUUAUCUCAGUCAAUUAGGACUGUCUUUUGUAAAUCUUCAAAUUUUGAAAAAUCCAGACAGAGGCGGAGUUUUCUAUACUAAUGUCUGAGCACUUGGUAGGCUUCCCGCAAUCUGGCGGGGCGCGUAAUUAAGCACACAGUGGUAAAGGGCCCUUCCGCAGUAGCUACAAGACGCUGACAAAACUUUUUUCUCUUCACCGAAAAUCACAUCAAAAUUUGCCUUUGCUAAAGUUCAAGUGUGCUGCACGUAUCAGCACCCCCGGGGAACCCCUAUAUAUAAGAGGGCGAGGAUGCGCGCCGGAAUUUCGAAAACGACUCCUAUAAAAUUAUAAAAGGUACCUGAGUCUUAUCCGUGUGGGAGUGGCAACAACAGAUAUCUACCCCUAUAAAGUAUCAAUUUAAACUCAAAAAAAUUGAAAAAUCCCAAAAAUAAGAACUUCUUUAUCGAUGUGCUCUAGAGGCUCAAGUCAGAUCAUUAAAAUCGUCCUAGUGCUUAUUAAAUGCUUAUUUCAGGUAUUUUAUUGAGCGAAAAACAUCUUAAAAGGUACCAGCUAGGUCUCUGGCAGUCCACUAAAGUUGGAGACACCAUAAAAGGUACCAGAUCACUGAUUUUGACCCCUGAAAGGUACGACAAGCAUCCUCACCCAUUUCUGAUCGCCUCCUCCCCAACCUCCCCCACCAACCCUGUCAGCACCUAAAAACAAAAGAUGUGAUUUGCCAACUACGAACUACGAGUCAGUCUCACCUCGUAAAAUUUACGUAAAGUGGUUAUUUACCUAUAAAAACUUUAGGCACUGAUCUGUCAGAUUUUUAUGCUGACAAAAUCUGUCCUGCUUUGAGGCAGGACGGCUGUACUUUUUUUCGUUUUGUUCGUCUUGACAUCAUUUGGUAGGGAUUAAAAUAACUGUACGUCUGCAUUUGUUAAACAGACUUUUCAAGUGCAUCCGGAACUCGAUCUGUGCACUUCUAGGGCAUAGAGUAUUCUUUUGUAACAUAGCCAAAGAUCUUGUGAUGUCUACUGUUCAAGCCUUUUUCUCUUUUCAAAGAGGCAUCAGAAUUAUUUUGAUGUCAAAUUUGGAGUAAACUGCUUGCGUGUCAUCCUUUGUUUUCAAGGUGUCCGACCAGGUAUGACUGAAAAUGGCACCUCGCUUUGAUAAGAAUCCUUUUGUUGUUGCUUCUUACUUCCUGAAAUUAUCACUUGAAAUUCGCUCGGUAAUGUAAAAAAAACAACAACAACAACAACGCGAGUAAUACUUAUAUAUCCAAAUUCUUUCAUCACAGGAAAAGUUGUAGGACCUGAUAGCAUCUUAGGGACGGACCAUUAGAUUUUUGAUGCGGGGGAGGGGGGGGAGGGUGUUGGGCAAUAACCCCCGAAAAAUCGAGCACCGGCUAGCGGCUCAAUGUAAGAAGACAAAUCGUCAAUGGUCCGUCAAUAAGGUACCUUUUACAUUAUUCCAAAAUGGGUUUCACUCCGGAAUGAAAUGAAUUUCAUGCCGCGUUUACAUGCAAGAUAAUUUAGAUUAUAAAAACAAGUAAUAAAAACAAGUAUUUACGUCCUUUUUCUAUGCUUCCCUCGCUCCUAAAGAGGAUUCAUACAGAUAUGAGUGUCGUAACGCGUUUACUUUACACAGGUACAAAAGGUCGUCCAGAAUAAGUGUUUCGUUCUGGAAUGAAAACCUCAAUAAACUCAUUCACAAAUGACGUGUUUCGAAUAAUUUUCAUCUGGUAUCAUGCGACAAAACUCAUUCCGAGGUCAAGUAAAUUCGUUACAUGAGGUCAUACAACUCGGGUAAUAUUCAGAGUGAAAAUUUGCAUAUUUCAGCGGUCCAACGAAAAAAAUCAUUUCUCAAAAACUAAAAUGUAUUUUCACAAAAAAACUACACCACAAUUAUUAGGACAUAUUGGGCUACAAAAUAUGAAAGUAGGAGAGAAAACGAAUUUGGGUGACUUGCCGCCGUUUGUCUGAUGCAUGUUGACAUUAGCUCUUAAUUGGCUUCUGAUUUUGUGUCUAUGUAUCCCUCCCAUUCUCAGAAGGGAAAAAAUAUUUAUUUUGCAACUGGGUAAUAUGUUGAGCUGAUGUUUAUAACCAUUUUUAAUCACCUUUUUUUCAGGCUAGGAUGACAUAAAAGAACAACUUUGUACGAAGCAUCAGUCUUCUUACAGUUGCUAUGGCUACAGGAAGAAGUUCAAUUAAAGUUCCAUGUGAAAAUGAAGACUUACCUGACAAAGAAAAUGCACCAAAUUUUGACGAGGACACUUUACGAGGUGAGCUAGGUUCAACUUCGGCUUCAGUAAUUGUUAGAACAAUUUCUAUUUGAUCAGGAUCACUUUCAAGAAUGCAAGCAGAUGUGGAAAAGGAUACAUACACUGUAUGACCACUUUAAAGGAUAUUUGACCAGUCAUGACUCUCUUCUAUGAUUACAAUAUGCUGUUAAUUGAGAAGAUCUAUGACACAGAAACUUUUGCUAUUUUCUUUUCUAACAGUUCAAAGCAAUAACACAAAGUUAUAAUAAGUUAUAAGUCUCCUCGAGCAACCCACAGGCAUUUGAUCUUCAUCCAAGCCAAAGAGGGUGGGGGGGGGGGUUUAACCCUGGCUGACUGGCGUUAGGGAAUUUGAAUAAAAACUGUCACAUCUAAUUUCCAGUAGAGUACAAGUGUUAAUUAUCAUUGAAUAUGGAGGUGUUUAAGGUAGAUAGUGUACUUUCACUAACAAAUGGCUCAGAAGAAAUAAGACUUCAAGAUCUUGGUUUUAAAGCUUGGUCAAUUAGUUUUUAAAGCUUGGUCAACUAGUUGAAAGUCAAAUUACUAAUUAUUUCGCCUUUUACAUAAAAUUGUGUGGGGCAUUUGAACAUUUUAUUAAUUUUUCCCAGGGAAUGGAAAUUUUAGGAAACCUAUCUCCAAAAAUUUAAAUGCCCAGGGGUUUGCCUCAAGUUGAGUGAUGCUUAACUCUCAUUGUUAUUCUUACCCAUGUUGUCACCUACAUCAUUGGCAUCAUCAUAACUAUUGAAAAUCUGCAGAUUUUAAAUCUCCAGAUCUUGGCAGCUCUGAUUAUACACUAAUAAUUAUUAACUACGACCACAGACUUUGACACCUGUUUUUAAUUUUUUUUUCGAAUUAUUUUAUUUGUUCUUUGCAGCCACAGCUGAUGUUUAUAGAAAUGAGGGUAAUGAGGCCUUCAAGAAAGGAGAUUUUAUCAAUGCUAUUCAUUUUUACACCAAAGGAAUUAAAAUGAACUGCAACGAGAAGGAACUGAAGGCCAAACUGCACAACAACAGGGCUAUUGCAUAUUCUAAACUUGGUAAGAUGAUGAGAGCUUUAAUAUGCAUUUUUUUUCUAUUUUGAAGCUAUUGAGUUGUCAGUAGUAGUUUUCUGAAAAAGGUGAUAAUUUUGAAUGCAUGCCCGGAAAAAUUUACAUCUUAUGUUGGCCUCUCAAAUAUACAAAGAUGUAAUCUCUUACCCCAGAUAUCAACGAGCAUCACAAGUUUUUCUCAAAAUUAUAGUAAUGGUAAUUGGUUUGCAACAUGUAUGGCUAAUCAGAGAUAUUUAUUUCAAUAACAGGAAAUCACCAGGAUUCACUAAGGGAUGCAGAAGCAGCCAUUGAGUUAAAUCCAACUUUCUUCAAGGCAAUUGUGAGAGGUUAGAUAUGUUAGCUAUACUAUAAUAAUAAGAAUAAAAAAAGAACUCAACACUCUAAGGUUAAAUGAGGUUAAACAGAGUUCAAUCUUGUCUCAAUGGACUUUAAUUAAGAGGUCGAGACCACCCUGAUGUACAUUUGAAUCCAGCUCUUGACUGCUACGCCAUUACUUCCAUUAAUCAUGAUGAGAAUAUUAUUUUGAACGGGGUGAGGAACUCAAUGCGGAAUGCAAAGUAAAAUUUCAGCAUGAAUAUUUUAGUUCCUUAAGUCCAAUGAGUCACAGGUGUCAGAUAUGUUAAGAGCGUGUCCACGAGAGCACCGGGCGGUCGUGCUACAUGCCAUCUCACCGAUUUCAAUGAAACUUUGCCAGUUUAAAGGGUCUACCCCGAAACUCAAAACGACAAACUGGUUUCUGUUUUGGUUUUUUUUUCCGGGGGGAGAUAGACCACCCCCCCGGUUUUUCUUGGUUUUCACCAAGGAAAUCGCUUCAAAUAGGUAAAAUGUAUGAAGCUCUCACUGCGAUGUUAUUUAACUGAUUACUUUGAGAAUUUGCACACAUAUUUUUACAUCCUUAGUUAAUGUCUGCUGCCAGUAUCAGUCAGUUUGAUUGACGGCUUGUCAAUCAACAGAGGCAAAUAUACGACUGUGUUUUUAGACUUUUCGAUUCAUCUAAAUAUUUUACAACUUUGAGGUCAAAUAUCUCCCGUUGCCAGACAGCUACAACACUAAUCUUAAUUACCCUUUAUAACCCAUCAUUUCAUCUCUGAAAAUCAUCAAAAAAAUCUUUGGGCACUACGGUAUUUUUGUCUUGGAUGCCUUUUAAAAUCUGCGACUCUGACAAGUUUCUCUCAACUUCACCUGUCACGCAAUUCUUGCUCUAGGCGGUCACUUGACAAAAUAAACCUACAUUUUUUAGCUCUUUUUAUACAAGAUGAUUGAUCAAGAAAGGUGAAAAUUGUGAAAAACUUUCCAGAAAAACUUUCGAGAUACAUGUAGACGAAAAAUCAAUGGGAAAAUCGUAGCGUUUCUUUCUUCGGUUAGUUUAUUACUUUGAAGAUUUGCUAAAAUCAGCAGAUAUGGCUUUUGUACGGCACAAAACAUUCAUUAGUCUAUAAUUUGAUUGUUUAUUAUCACCACUGCUCAUUUUAGGAGAUUUUAAAGUCACAUGCUGCGGGUUGGCUGAUAUCACUACAUGUUCCAGUGUGCUACAACUUCGGCUUUCACAGACGAGAAAUUCUGCGCUCUCGCUCGAGAGCAAAUAUAAAUUGUUCUAUCGGACUAAAAACUGUGCUUCUAUCCCGAAAAUAAAAUGAAAAUAGUGUUGACGUUGUCACUUACCGCCAUCGAACAUUUACAUACAGAACUCCGCUAUGCUAACAUCUGUUGUGUGACCCAAAGACUCUCCGUAGGAAUUAUAUAAGCGCGUUGUUCAUGCUAUCUGCUAGAUAACAAUUUCAGAAUAAUCUGCAGAUCUCUAUGAUUAUUUACCUGUUUCGAUCGUAAAAUAUCUGCAUAUUUUUUCAAGCAUUCUAUUACUACAUAUAAAUCUACAUCUCUCUAGAUCGAGUGUUGCGGGCGUUUAAUUGCGUGACUUGUAAAAUUUUUAAAUAAGAAUGAGCCAGCAGUAAUUUGACGAGUAGCCUUCCUGCAAAUUUCCCUUGAUGAAAUCCCAAGACAUAGCCAGUUGUUUUCGUGAGCAAAGACAAUAAAUAUAAAAGAAAAGUGAGAUGCGAAUGUCUUUUUUAUUUUUUUAGCUUAAUAGCAGCUGUACCCUCUCCUGCAGUCUUCGUCUAAAUUUUGCAAGGUCCCUCCUUAUCUUCUGCCUUGUUCGGUCAGUUUCGAAUUCGGAAGCUAGAUCAUUGGCAUCGGCCUCUCCGUCCUUAUUCAUAUUUACAGAGGGGUACCUCAUCAAUAAACCAAUUUUUGUUACAGCAGAUAACCGGCUGAAGUAUCGAGCGAUUUGCUGCUGUAUCAACCGGUCAGUCUUAGACAACAUUUCUGGCUGGUGUCGUCUCUUAAACUCUCUCGAUAUUUGGGAAAUCACAUAAGAGGCGGUUGCCUUACUAGUUUCCUCCCUUGCCCAGCACACGUCUAGGAGAUAAUUCCCUGCUUUCUGAGAAAAGGUGGCUGUUUUUUGUGUUUUCCAAAGAGCCCAUCCAAAGUCCUCUUGGCUAGUUAAGGAUUGUUCGUCAAAAUUUUUACCUGAGGUCCGUCCUCGAACGUAGCCGUCCCCUAUAGAAUGGCAAGCCGGUCUUAGUCCAUUUCCUCUUGAUCUUAUCCUAGGCGGAAUUUUUUUGUCGGCUUCACUGUGUCUGUCUUUGUCAGGUACAUUUGGAUGGCAGCCAAUGACUGAAACGUCUUGAUACAUCCUUUUAGCAAGAAUAUCUCGCUUUCUUGUUCCGUCUAUGACGGAUUGGGUUUAGUUCUCGCGAUGACCUGCGUUCAGAAAUCUGUGCACAGUUGCUGAUAACCACCCGCUUCUACCACUAGUUUGCUGAAGGUUUCUAAUGUGAUGAGCCUAGUGAGACCCUGAGGUGCUUCAAACUGUGCCAGUUGGUCUGCGCUAUAAACUUGUCGCAGUUCUUUAGUCAGAGGGAGGAUCGCCCACCUCUAUCUAUGUGAGCGCUCUUCUUGCCCUUCUUCCUUAUUCAUUGUCGACUCUAAGAUAGCAGCUACAGUACGCGUUCUAUUUAGGUUUACAGUCAGCUUGCGGCCACCAGAAAGACUCGCCACCAGCUUUGAUUUCUUCUGCCAUCUGCAGAUUCAUCUCUCUCUCACUUUAUGUCUCCGAUCUUUAUGAGGAGGAAACUGGCAUUUACGAACCCGAAGGUCUGAAUCUCACACCAAAUUGUGCACGAUAUUUGAGGUACAUCGUGAAAUCGCGGCCUUCGUAAUCUCCAAAUAAGCCAAUACGCGCUAGAAUAAGCUCCAUCUCGGACGAAACGCAUGUUUGGGAUACAUCGACGUCUCUCAAAUGUUUUUUUUUUUUUUUUAAGCUGUAUACCCACGAAUUUAGAGGUAUGAGCUGUUGCCGUCCCUGGCAAGCGCGAGAAAAGUAACAUUUUGUUGUACAGUUAGUUGGAAAUGAACAAGACAACUGCACCAUCUUGACUUUAUCAAUUCGAGUGUUAGAUUGAAUUGAGGGCUUUUUAGACUCUCGAUUUCUUAUAUGGCAUCACUAUGAAGACGUAAUACAACUGAUACACCUACACUACAAAGGUUUAACAAUGUCUGUUGCGCUCUUGCUAGAAGGAGGAAAAUAUUACCGAAAGUGUACGCUCUUUUUAAAAAGAGUUUCAGAGACGUUUCAGAGAUGUCUAUCUUUGAUCGGCUGUCACAAAAAAAUGACCCCCACUUAAAUUUACCAGGAAAAAUGAACUUACCAACUCCUUGUUGAAAAAAUUGGAAUUCAUUUGACCGAUACGCCGGUUGUUUCAAUUUUUCUUUUUCCUCGGGCUGCUAUGAAACAGUUCAUAAAUUGACUAGUGAAUAAAGUGUUUUGAAAUACCGUUCGGGAUUUGCCUUUUUUUUCUGCGUGCAAAUCAAGGGUAGACAAAGUUUUUAAAACAUUUGACUAGAAUUUCAUGGAGUUCACCUCGAUAAUUCUCGUCGGCCAGAGUCAAGACGCGCCAAGCUAAGCGAAAUCGCCCUCGAGUAAAAAAAAAUUUUCCAAAGAAUAAACGUGGCGAGCGUGAGGAAACGCACAUUUUUUUCAUCAUUGUGAUCAAAGCCCAAUGAUGUACCUAAAUUGGUACUUACGGUAUCAAACCAUUGAUUAUGACAGGGUGAGCUUAGUUUUUCUGUCGAGGUCGACGUGACUUCACAUUAAAAGCAUGUUUGACGGAACAAACUAGUGAGCAUCACAGCACGAACUGAGAAAGUAAAAACUUGUUUUUAUCUCCCACGCGUUUCGUCUGACAAUAGUAGACUUCAUCAAGGAUUUUUUCAAGUAGGGUAAAUAAGCUUGCUCAUAUACAAAUAGUAAAUAAGUUGUGUCUUUACUAUUGAAGUCAGUGGAUAGAAUACGCCAGGUGCGCCUACGGUGUUAUACAUGCGUGACAUUUUCCGGACGUUACACGUAAGAGUACGUGAUCCGUUUAAGGGUCACAGAUUUAGUGUAAAUAUUUCACUCCUCAACAUCACCCAAUGUCUCUAAUUUACAGAGGUCUUAGAACGUGUCAUUAUAUGGAGUUGCCUUCUGCGGGUAGAAGGCUACAAGCGAAUUUCUCAGGCGUAAUUGCCUUUGAUUUCUCAAUUGAUGUUGUCGCAAACACAGUUUUUGGGAGUCACGAGACAAAAAAACUUAUCAGGACCUAGUUUCAUGUUCUAAUGGAAAUAAAUAGCAAAUAAAAAUACAUUUUCUUGAGAAAUAAAGUCACAAAUGACGGGGGUUCUCUGAAAAAAAUAGUGAUAGAAAAGGAUUUCAGUUGUGGUCAAUAUUGACUUUUCAUGGCCUACUUGCAAAUCUGAGGGAACGUGCUGAGGGAAUAAAAAAACAUAAAUGUGUGAUAAUGCAAGCAAGAGAAUGAAAAUACAAAUAAAGAAAAAGGAGAAAACAUAGGAACCCGUCUUGCAGCGUGCAGAUAUCUUUUGAACCAGACCUACACACAUAAGCCCGACACCAGCCAGAGAAACUCGAAAGAGUCCUAGCUCGCACGUGCACGCAGGAAAGGCCAUGACAAUCAGCGAAAACAAUAGCAAAUGCAGAUGAUAUUUGCAGUCAAAAAGCAGGAAAAUAAGAUAACAGAAGGAUUAGGAACUUCCUAGAAGUGUCUUCUUGAAAAGAAAAAGAUGAACAAUUUUUACUUCUCAUAAAAGGUCACGCAGUGACCCUACAAAUACUAUUCCUAUACGUGGAAUUUCUUGAUGGUGGAAAGUGGAAAAACCAUUUUCCAGUCUUAUUUUCUGGAAACAUGGCGUAGUUAAUGAAUUUAUGGGGCUAUUGAUAUUUCCUAACAAAUAAGGGGGGCAGAGUUUCCCGUCAUUCGCGGUAUGGAAAAGCCGAAGUUGUUACACUCGGGAACUUGUACGUCAACAAGCAGGCGACAUGUGACUUUAAAAUCUCCUCUCCUGUUACAGUUUCCUUAUUGUGAACUGUGCGAUAAUGAUAAUAGACGAUCAGAGUAUAGGCUAAUGAAUGUUUUGUUCUGUACAAGAGCCCUAUAUCCUGAUUUUAGCAAAUCUUCAAAGUAAUAAACGACUGAAGAAAGAAACGCUACGCUUUUCCCAUUGAUUUUCCGUCAACAUGCAUCUCUCUAAACGUGAAAUUUUCCAUUCCUACAAAAAAUCUCGAAAGUUUUUCACACUUUUUACCUUUCUUGACCAAUCAUCUUGUAUAAAAAGCUAAAAAAUGUAGGUUUAUUUUGUCAAGUGACCGCCUAGAACAAGAAUUGCGUGACAGGUGUAGUCGAUAGAAACUUGUGACAGUCGCAGAUUUUCAAAGGUAUCCAAGACAAAAAUACAGUGGUGCCCAAAGACUUUUUUGAUGAUUUUCAGAGAUGAAAUGAUGGGUUAUAAAGGUUAAUUAAGAUUAUUGUUGUAGCUUUCUGGCAACGGGAGAUAUUUGACCUCAAAGUUGCAAAAUUUGGAUGAAUCGAAAAGUCUAAAAACAUAGUCGUAUGUUUGUCUCUGUUGAUUAACAAGCCGUUGAUCAAACUGACUGAUACUCGCAGCAGACAUUAACUUAGGAUGUAAAAAUAUGUGUGCAAAUCCUCAAAGUAAUCGGAUAAAUACCAACGCAGCAGAGCUUCAUACAUUUUACCUAUUUGAAGCGAUUUCCUUGGUGAAAACCAAGAAAAACCGGGGGGUGAUCUAUCGUGCCCCCGGAAAAAACCAAAACAGAGACCAGUCUGUUUUUUUUAAUUUUGGGGUAGACCCUUUAAACUGACAAAGUUUCACUGAAAUCGGUGAGAUGGCAUGUAGCACGACUGCCCGGUGCUCUCGUGGACACGCUCUUAAGUCACUAUCUAGCUGUUUUAAAAAGAAGGAUCAGGACUUACCUAACUCUUAGUGUUUUUGUGGGAGUUGUUGAUCCCAAUUUAAGUGUUCUUAGAAGUUUCCGUUGUCUCUAAAGCUAAAUAAAUCUAACUGAAACCUAAUAGGGCCUGUUUAUUCUUUUCCGUUUAGUUUUUUUGUAUUGUUUUGUUUUGUCUUCUUUUUUUCUUCUGGUCUGUAAUGAUUUCAAUGGUUUCAGGUUCUUUUCUCAGAAUUGAGCUACAGUAAUAGUAUGCUUCUUUGUGUCGUUGCCUACAGGAGCCACUGCUUGUGUUGAACUGAAGAGAUUUGAAGAAGCAAUCACUUGGUGUGAUAAGGGACUAGCUGUAUCCUUUGAAGGAAUAUUUCAUUUUUAACCGUGGGUAUAAUGGAAAAAAGUUUCCAUAAUUUGAUGUUUCAAGGGAGAAAAUACAAAGAAGGGUAUUAAUUAUGAUGGGAACUUGUCAGCUCAUAUACUUUAAGUGUGUGUGAUUAAAAACAUAGGAGAAGUUUUUACCUCAUGACUUAUUAAUGAAAUUACUCCUUUUAGCCAAUUUGAGUUAGUUAUACUAUCCAUGCCAAUAACUGGUACAUUAGUUUGAAUAACCCUUUAAUUUCCUAGACCAAAUUUGCAAUUAUCCUUACUGUCAACCAUACAAUUCUUGUAAUGUUAGUACAGAGAAUUCAGUAUUGCAUCAACUAACUAUUUUUAAAUUGAUAUUUUUUUUUUUUACUCUCAACACUUAUCUGAUUGAUAUUGUAUUGCUAUUGUAAGGAGAAAAUCUCUUUUGGUCACUCACGGUAGUUAAAGGGUUAGAAGACUAAUAUUCAUCCAGUAUAUACAUAGUACUUGGGUAGAUGAUCUCUCUAAAACAAGCCAGAACAAAAGGCUCGGUAAUGUUAACAUAUCUUAUGCAGAUUUUCUUGCCUUCGACCUUUUUCCACUACUUAGAGACUCAGAAACUUUCGUUGUGCUUUCCUAUGGACAAAUAAAAAUUUUAAAGACAUGUAUUUGUGUUAUAGACUCAUUUCUUCCACUGCUAUAAAACAUUUGUCUGAUGUUAAAGCUAUAUUAAUUUAAAAAUUGAGCAAGUGCUGCUCAGUUUUUGGAAACUAGGGAUUAAAUCUAGAUAUUUCGCGUUAAAUUUUAAGGCUUCACACAGAAAAAGCAUUUUUUGAAGUGUAGAUUUACUUCAUAACUGACUUUAAGACUGAAUGUUGAUAAAUCAUCUACCUUUCAUGCAAAGCCCUCCUAAUGGGCCAUUUUAUAGUUGUGCACUUAGUUGCCAAGCCUUUGAUUUGGAGUGAGGCUGAAGGUGACCUUGCUGUGAUAGAGACCAGUAUCUAGAAACGAUAAUAACAAAGUAGUUUGUAUUUAAAAAGCAGCAAUGUUUUUUUAUCAUAACAAGGUCACCCUUAAUCAUGGGUUUUGUUCAAAGGUUUGGGAACCAAGCACGCAAAUGUUAAAAUGGACUAGUAUAUAUCAAUAUGAUCAGAAACAUAAUCUUUUUUGUUUUUUCCACAUUUUUAACCCUUAACAUAAAAAAGAUUGACAAAAACAAAAGGAUCUUGUUGUCAUUAAGACUUCAGUCUGUCAGUGAAGUGGGAGAUAAGUCCAUGGAGGAAAAAGAUCCUAUUAGUGAUGACCACGGUAGUGCAAGUUCAGGUGAUGUCAAGAAAGUCGUAGAUCUCUAUAAUCAGGGAGAAGAAGCCAUAGAGUACCUCAACCUAUAUCUUAAACAAGCUAAGGAAGUAGGAGACAAGCAUGGGGAGGGCAACGCUCAUGCCAAUCUUGGCAAUGCUUAUGGCCGUCUGGGUGAUUUCAAAAAAGCCAUAGAGUACCACAACCUACAUCUUAAAAUAGCUAAAGAAGUAGGAGACAAGCAUGGGGAGGGUGGUGCUUGUGGCAAUCUUGGCAAUGCUUAUCACCGUCUGGGUGAUUUCAAAAAAGCCAUAGAGUACCACAACCUACAUCUUAAAAUAGUUAAAGAAGUAGGAGACAAGCAUGGGGAGGGUAUUGCUUGUGGCAAUCUUGGCAAUGAUUAUGGCAGUCUGGGUGAUUUCAAAAAAGCCAUAGAGUACCACAACCUACAUCUUAAAAUCGCUAAAGAAGUAGGAGACAAGCAUGGGGAGGGUAACGCUUAUGGCAAUCUUGGCAAUGCUUAUCACCGUCUGGGUGAUUUCAAAAAAGCCAUAGAGUACCACAACCUACAUCUUAAAAUCGCUAAAGAAGUGGGAGACAAGCAUGGGGAGGAUAACGCUUAUGGCAAUCUUGGCAAUGCUUAUGGCCGUCUGGGUGAUUUCAAAAAAGCCAUAGAGUACCACAACCUACACCUUCAAAUAGCUAAAGAAGUAGGGGACAAGCAUGGGGAGGGUAAUGCUUAUGGCAAUCUUGGCAAUUCUUAUGACCGUCUGGGCGAUUUCAAAAAAGCCAUAGAGUACCACAACCUACAUCUUAAAAUAGCUAAAGAAGUAGGAGACAAGCAUGGGGAGGGUGGUGCUUAUGGCAAUCUUGGCAAUGCUUAUGGCCGUCUGGGUGAUUUCAAAAAAGCCAUAGAGUACCACAACCUAAUUCUUAAAAUCGCUAAAGAAGUAGGAGACAAGCAUGGGGAGGGUAACGCUUAUGGCAAUCUUGGCAAUGCUUAUCACCGUCUGGGUGAUUUCAGAAAAGCCAUAGAGUACCACAACCUACAUCUUAAAAUAGCUAAAGAAGUAGAAGACAAGCAUGGGGAGGGUGUUGCUUAUGGCAAUCUUGGCAAUGCUUAUGGCCGUCUGGGUGAUUUCAAAAAAGCCAUAGAGUACCACAACCUAAUUCUUAAAAUCGCUAAAGAAGUAGGAGACAAGCAUGGGGAGGGUGUUGCUUAUGGCAAUCUUGGCAAUGCUUAUGGCCGUCUGGGUAAUUUUAAAAAAGCCAUAGAGUACCACAGCCUACAUCUUAAAAUAGCUAAAGAAGUAGGAGACAAGCAUGGGGAGGGUGUUGCUUAUGGCAAUCUUGGCAAUGCUUAUGGCCGUCUGGGUGAUUUUAAAAAAGCCAUAGAGUACCACAACCUACAUCUUAUAAUAGCUAAAGAAGUAGGAGACAAAUCCUUGGAGGCAAUGGCCUACUGUUCAUUAGGAUUGGUUUUUGAGUUGCAAGGUGGACUGCCAAAAGCAGUUGAACAUUACCAAGCUAGCAUAAACUUAUUCAAUUCCUUGAGAGUACUUCUAAUAUCUAAAGAUGAGUGGAAAGUUAAUUUUCGAAAUCAGCAUCAAGUGGCGUAUACGGGUUUGUGGAGAGUUCUCGUAGAACAAGGUAAAGUAGAUGAAGCCUUAUUUGUUGCUGAGAAAGGACGAGCUCAAGCUCUGACCGACCUCAUGGUAUCCAGUUUUUGUGGUGGAACAAGUCACCACAAGGGAGAAGAUGAAGAUUACGCAGUUUUUAAAAACGUUCUAUCAAACACUGUCUUUCAGGCAGUGGACAAAGCUAACGUCAAUCUUUGGGUUGUGUCCGAAGGAAAACAAGUUCAGUUAAGACAAAGUAAACUGAAAAGUUUUGUUUCAGAGAAUAGUGGAUCUAGCCUGUCCUUUGAGUCGUUCAUGCUCGGUGUCUAUACACAACUUGGUGUUCGUUCUAAUGUGAGAUGCGAGAAUCGAUCUUUAGAUGCUUUGAGGGAGGGCCGUUCAAAAGUGGAUGAGAAAACCAAAGAAGCCAAGCCUCAACCUCACAUCCAACAAGACGGAUGCUUGAGCACUUUGUAUGAUAUCGUUAUGAAGCCGGUGGCUGACUUGAUUGAAGGGGAUGAGCUACUCAUUAUUCCUGAUGGACCCCUGUGGAUCGCUCCUUACGCUGCAUUGAAGGAUGGUAAUUCUAAAUACCUGUGUGAAUCAUUCACAAUCCGAGUCGCUCCAUCGUUAGCAAGUCUUAGACUCAUUGCCGAUUGCCCAGAUGAUUAUCACAAAAGCAGUGGUGCGUUACUUGUAGGAGAUCCGUGGGUAUCCGAGGUUACUAACAGCGAGGGAAAGAAAGUCUUCGAGCAGCUUCAGUAUGCUAAAAAAGAAGUAGAAAUGAUCGGAAAAAUUCUGAAUAUCACGCCAAUCACUGGCAGACAGGCCACGAAACGUGAGGUGUUGAAAAGACUCAGUUCCGUUUCCCUAGUUCACUUUGCGGCACACGGAUGUAUGGAAACUGGCGAAAUUGCUCUUACACCUGACCCAGACCGAAUAUCUACUGUGCCAACGGAGGAGGAUUACAUUUUAACAAUUGGAGAUGUGUUGAAUGCUCAACUUCGGGCCAAACUUGUUGUGCUUAGUUGCUGCCACAGCGGCCGGGGCGAGAUCAAGGCUGAAGGUGUGGUUGGCAUUGCGCGCGCUUUUAUGGGGGCUGGUGCUCGGUCUAUUUUGGUGUCCCUGUGGGCGAUUGAUGACGAGGCUACUCUUGAGUUCAUGAAAUACUUUUAUCAACAACUUGCAGAAGGUAAACCAGCAAGCGAGUCACUGAACCUGGCCAUGAAAAGCCUCAGAGAAUCAGACAAGUUCUGCGACAUCAAACACUGGGCGCCCUUUUUGCUGAUUGGAGAUGACGUCACUCUUGACUUCAUGGCAAAG